AUGGAGCCGGACAAUGCCCCGCACUCCAAACUGAAAACAACUGGAGUCGGGGGGUGAGUCUAUAAACUUUUAAAUCAGAACUUAAUAGCUUUUAAACCUUUAUUUUUAGCAGGUUCAUUAGGGUGUUGCACUUUUGAAUGUCACCUGCGUCUGAAUGAGUGCGUCAUGAUUCUGUUUAGGAAUAAUACUCAAGAUAAACUGCUUUAAGCAUUACAAUUUUUACAUUUUAGACAGGUUUUCUGGCGCAGAAAUGAAACUAUAUGAAGAAACAAGCUAUAUUUAAAGGUCAUGGCAGGAAAGGUAGAACAUGAACAGGUGGUGCACGCUUAUAUCAUGUGUAAACGCUUUUCGUGCUUGUGAAAGCUAAUGUAGUUUUCAGCACUAUGUCUUUGUAUGAGAAUGAGUUGCCAAAUGAUCUGGUACUGAUUUGAGGGAGAUGUAUGAGAGGAGGAGACUGUCCUCCGUCUCCUCCUCCCCCAUUUUCCCUCCUCCCUGCUGUGCAUCUCACUCAGCUGGUUGGCCGGCUGUCCCAAAGGGAGGGGAUAUAGGAGUCAAACUGUUGCAUCAUAUAACCCUGCUGGACAUCACAGUGAAACUGCACACCCCUUCGUUUUGGGUUUUCUGUAAUGUCAGUGUAAGAGACGAGUGAAUGGGGCGCAGAGAGGUGGAAGGAAAACUUUUCGAGAGCUUUAACCAGCAGCCAGUGUGUCAGCAGUUGACCAGUGACUUUCUGUGGCUCUCUGGAAAACCACAAAUGUAAAAGAUUUCCUCUAAAUGCUGUCAUUAUGGCACUUGUCACUGAGCCUGGUUCCCUUAAAACAGCACCGGCUCAACAGCUCAGUCCACCUUCAGUAGACUGCUCUAGCACUAUUCCAUCUCCAAGAGUGAAAACCUCAACAUAAUCCUUUAAGUUCACAGUCAUAAGUUUUUCACUUUUUUUUGAGCUGUAUCAUUUCCACCUCUGAGCUGUUGACAGUCCUUCAAUCACGUGUCAAAAGGAUGGUCCAGAACUGCUCAUUAUUGGCUUUCAUGACAUGACAAACGUUACCGCUGUCAGAUAACUUAUGACUGUUUUUGCUCUUAAGUUGCCUGAUUAUUUUACUUUUGCAUUUUCUUUUGUUCAUGCGAAAAGCUAUGAAAUAUGCUAACCAAAAGCUGCAAUGAGUCAUGGAUUAGCAUUAUUUAAGAUAGCUAGUUUUGAUUGAUUAGAGACUGCCACAGGUGGAGAGAGGAGAGCAGGAAGAGGAGCAGGAGAAGACAGGUGUUUGUCACUGUGGGUGCCUGAAAAGCUACGGGACAGAAUCAGCAUGGCAAGAGAGAGGCUGUAGCAAUUACAAGCAUGAACAAGCACCAAUAAGCUAAUGACUGUCGAUUGAAAAGUGAGAGAUGUCAGUUAGAAUCAUAAUCAAAUACAAGCUCAAGUCUUGAUGUUACAAAGGAUGUUAUACGAAAGCUUGAAGACUGACUUGAUAUGCAGCCUGUGAUAAAAAUGUAAGCGGUAAAAAGCUCAAAUCUUUUAUAUGACAGUGUAUAGUCUUCUUGAGCAAGACCAUCAGUGACAGGACUUAAUAUUUUCAAAACCUGAUUUUAAAUGCCGUAAACCGGUGCAAGGGGGUAGGUGUCAGCUGAACAGCCGGAGAAACAGCCCUGUUUAAAGUUUACACCAAAAAUACACAAUAAAAGACCCAUUUCAUCUUUUGAAGUCUACAGGAUGAGAUUAUUUUUGUCAUAAUCACAACUCAAGCAUGUAGAGGACAAGAUAAGCAAAGACUGUUUUGUCCAAAGGGGAACCAGAGUUUAAACAAGCUGAGAGUUUCUCACAGGAGCUUUAAACUCCAUUAUUAUGUUUAGAUAAGCAGAAUAUACAUUUAACACUUUUCACUAGCUGUUAGGAUGGGAAAAUUUGUAUUUGUUAAGUGAAAAGCAUGUUAACUGAGGAGGCUGCCUGCAGUGUCUGCAACCAUAAAAGUAUCUUUAGUUUUGCCUCAUGAGUCCAGUCAGUUUAUUUUCAUGUAUAGGUCUAUGUAGGGGUUUUGGACAGGUAACUGCCCUUGAAUUGAAUUAAAACUUUUUAAAGUUAAAGUCUGAAAGUGCAAUCUUUUACUGUUAAACUCCCAUGGAAAUAUGGAAUUGCAGGUUUUAAGGUGAUGCAGUUAUCUCAGGUCAGUCAGAGGUGGUCCUUUGGGAGCACUCACCUGGCUCUGCUGAGCUGUGUAGAUAAAAGUGCAGCUUAUCAGGCCAGACAGCCAGAUAAGACAAAGCUUGCUGUCUGGAAACAGAUGUUGGACUCUCUGAAUAGUGCAGAGCUGCUGAGGCUGCUCCUCUGGUGAAUCCACCAGAGUCUGUAUCAAAUGAGUUUAGAAACAAUUAGCUGAUAAAUGAGAUAAUCAGUGAAAUUUGCAGGUCAGGGGCCUGAAAGUGUAGAGAUUAUAUUGCUUUUUCUUGUACGAGGUGCAUUUUUACAAGUAAGACUGAAAGCUUCACAGGUACCCAAGUUUGACAAGUCUUUCUAACUUUCUGCCUCUUUCUUUAGGAGAGUUCUGAUUCUUUGGACUUUACUCUGUUGCACCUGCUCUUUGAGGCUGGCACAAGCACAAGGUAAGCAACCUACGUAUGUAUGCUGAGCACAUCCACAUCAUUUAGCCAGCAGUGUCACAAACAGCAUGAACAAAGUUCUGAGAUGGACAGAUGAGAGGGUGCAGAGACUCUUUCAGACGCUGCACCUCAUGAAGAUGUGCAAAUAUACGUAGAUGCAUUUUGUUUGAAAAGGCUAAAUAAGUUCAUGCCAGAUCUUGCCUUAAACCUCACUCUGAUGUGCCUGUGAAGGUUUUCAAAGUUUAUCAGGCCCUGUCACUCCUGAUUCCCAGAGUCUUCUUUUCACAGUCCUCAUCACGUUGAGUCACAUCUUCCUGUGCGGUGUUGCCUGAUGCUGUCAGCUUUUAGUUUCUUCAAGACCCUCGUGUGCACGUCCUCUGAUUUUGCUGUCAGUCAAAAUUGGCAGAAACUUAUUCGAAAAGAACACUCUCUAGUUUCUAGAUGCUUUCUGAUAACAUAAGCCGCUACACUCGGUGGCAACAGCUUCUGGCAAUUACUGUGACUCUGCCUUCAUCACUUGGUAUUUUCCUCCAAUAAUGACUGCUGAGUGUCUGGAGUCUUAUAUAUGAGGACGUGUUUUUGCAAAGUCUCAGACUCUAAUGAGGCUUUAAGUUCUCCCUUGAUAGAGCAGGAUGUACUCUAAAAACUGCUCUGCUGAUGCAAAAAGCUGCUGACUACUCUUGCAUCAUUUGUAAGAUGAAUGCACUUGUUUCAUAAAAAGAAGACUCCCGGUGAUUUUCAUCCAUAUGGAGAGGGACUGCGCAAGCACAAGCUGUAUUUUUGUUCUGUCUUCAGUCUUUUGUGUAAAAGGUCCACGCUAUGAAUGUAGUACUGCUGCUAACUUUUCACAGCACAUCACAGAAGUUGGACUUAACUGCAUUUGGAAAAAAUUUUGCAUUUUAGUUUUUUUGUGCAUAUAUCGCCAUUCUCACUAAUAGUGAUUAACCCCAUAUGUCCUCAGAAGAGGGGUCAGUGGUUACAGAGCAGUUUUUGCUUGUCUUGUACCCUCUUUAAAACCCAUGAGCUCCAGGCAAUUUCUGGACAAUUUCCGAACAUGCAGGUCCCAAAUUGUCUGCACUUUUUCUUACAUACGUAUUUGCUCUGUACUGAAGGUAAUUCUCUAUGUCAGCUGCUUAAAAAAUCCUGCAGCACCUGGACGUCUUCUGGAAAUGCAAGUCCCAAAAUUUUCUGCACUUGCCCGUGCAUGCUCCAUACUGCAGGGAAAUCUCUACAUCAGCUGCAUGAAAUACUCUAAGGCACAUAGACAAUUUCCAGACAAUAACCAGAAAAUUUCCAAACAUGCUGGUCCCAAAAUAUCCUGCACUUUUCCUUACAUAUAUCCCCUGUUUUUCAGGGAAUUCUCCGCAUUAGCUGCAUGAAAUACUCUGCAGCGCCUAGAAAAUUUUGGACUAAUUUCCAGACAUGCAAGUCUCAAAUUUUCAGCACUUUUUUUUUUACAUAGACGCCCAAUAUUGCAGGAAACUAUUUGUGUUAGCUUUAUUAAAUACUCCGCAGCACCUGGGUGGAACAUGUUGAAUUGGAGGAGAUUUCAGUAAUGAUGUUAAAUACUUGAUAUCAUCACAUUAUGCGUGAGGAUAAGUGCUGACAGUGUUUCACAUGUGAUUUUGCACCAGAUGAGCCUGCUAAUUUGUUGUUGACGAGCAGACUGCCGCUGUUUUAUAGUCAAAAUACAUUACUAUCUUUUCUUGGUUUUUUUUAUCUAUGGUGCAGAACCCCACUGCUCCACCAUGUCCUCCAUUUUUUGGAGCAUUACUGAGGUCAAGAGCGCAUGGAUUGGCCAAGUUACAAUGAAAGUGCCCUCUGUUGGAUCAUACAGCAAGCUACUGCAGGUGGCCUUAUGUGCUGAUUAUGAGCCCAAACAGCUCAUUACAGCAUUAGGUUCAAAUGAAGGUUUGAAUUUUGGAUAAAGAGUGACAGCCCUAAUGUAGAUAUGUGGAUUAGCAUCACUAAAGUCAAAGAAAUGUAUUUAUUUGCAUGUAAUAUGUUAAAUUUGGCAGCGUAGCCCUGUAAUUAGAGCCUCCUGCUCCUCUUCAUGCACAUGUGGAUCAUCUAAAUCUGAAGAGGAGGAACACAAUGGGGUUAAACAGUUAAAAUUUAUCAACCAUCUUGACAGUUAUUGAUUGGAGGUAUCAAAGGUCAUCUGUUAAUUUCUUUAACGCAAAAACAACAGUAAAAGUUUUCAAAGUGUAACACAUCCAAACUCAGCUCAACACAAACUUUGUCAUCACAGAACAAUCCAUGUGCCAGAUGAUCACCUGGUGCUUCACACAUUAACUGAUCCAGCUGACCAAAAAAAAGGAAACAUCAGGUGUACGGUAAUCGAUUGCAGGGAUUUCCCAAUGCUUUCUCUGAAUUUCUCGUGAAACACAUUUUUUUCAUUUAAAUGUGGCAGGAGACACAUUGACUCACUCAGCUUUGGCCUGAUUUCAGUCCUCUAUUAGCCAGAAGAUGCAUUAAUGUGUCGAGUCAGUGGCCAACAUUUCUCACUAGUUCUUGAGAAACAGGGUGAGCCGAACUUUCAAAAGACACAAAACUGCAGGUGAGGGUUUGUGUCUCCCUGUGUUAACAAACAAAGCCUCAGUUUCUGCCACUCCGAAGAUAUUCUAAAGCAGUUGCAGGAAGUGUUGAGCUGGAGCACAUGUCUGCUUUCCCUUUAAAAAAAUAGCUGUUUUUGAGUGUUGCUCUGUCUCUGGGAUGUGUUAUAUUCACAUCUCAGUUUCUUUCCCGGCUCAUCGGGAGGUCACAAAAAGGCCUGAGGCCAUCCAUCUACCCACAGAGAUUUAGGUACGAGAAGAAAAGCCUUAAUAGUAGAUCACAAAUUAUAAAAUGAAAGAACAAUUUUCCUUCUUUUUAAACUGAAUUAAGAAUUCAAACGAGUGUCGUAUUGGAAGUUGAAGUGCAGACAGUCUUUGUUCUUGUCUCAGUUUCUGUUUGAUGUUUCUUUUCCAUUUGUGGGUUUUGACCUCCCACUGCCUGCACGCUCUGAGGAGGGUUUCCCCGCUAACGUGUCUACUGUCUAUAUGUGUUCCUCCUCUGCCAAGAUGUAAUUCAUCAUUCAGCAGUUUAUUUUAGUCUCCGCCACAUUUGUUUGGUAUUAGACGGAGGUCGGAUAUUUGAGAUCUAUAUGUCAGCUUUGUGCUUUGACAUUGCACGGAUCGAGGGGAUUACUGUCCUGAAUUCAGGGGGCUGAUGUGCCAGAGAUGAUCUUUUAUUUUCAUCUUUGCUUAAACUAAACAAAAGGCUUUUGUUUGACUUGACUAAAGGUUUGCACUGAUGGUAUAAUAGCCAGAUUGUUUGUUUUGAUGUUCCAACCAAAAACAGGGACGCUGAAUGUUAGACUGGUUUCUGGAUUGAAGGUACACCAGAGUUCGAACACAUCAUGAGUCAAAAACCACUAAUAUUUUCCUUCAUACUGUUCCUACAGUUUGAGCUGGGACCCUGUCAGCCUUAUUCAGUCAUUAGUGUUAGUUUGUUAGAUGUGCAGACAGUGACAGAACUGGGGGGUGGCUAAAAUCUGACUAGCUACCCACCAUGUCAGGUGGGUUGGAGGCAGAACUUACAUUGUUGUCUCAACAGCAGCUAGUAGCUUCUUUGCAUUUCAAUAUGGAUCAUUUUCUUGGGUUAGUGCUUUACUGACCAAAGUUACUGCCCCUGGCCAAAAAAGUCAGGCUCCUCGAUGGCGACAGGUAACUGUGAGCUGUUAGCCUGCUAGCUGUAACUAGCUUGUACGCUGUGUAAGCCUGCUUAGCAGUGUGCACACAGAGUGUUAUUUUGGACACACAGACGCCGUCUCUUAUGUGUCUCAUUUACAUCUCCAGUCACUUACUUGUGUGCUGACUGUGUAACAAGGUGCCGGUGUUGCUGCUCUGGACUGGUAGCCCCUGGUCACCAUGUAAUUAUCUUGGAAUAUGUAACAUUAAAUUAAGACUGGUCAUGAUGGUGAAAUUUUAUCUCUCCUCGAGAGUUAUCGAAAAACAAAUGUUAUAAAAUAUACCUACAUCCAUAUUGACCCCACAACCUUGUUUUGGUGUCCAUUUUUCACCUGAACCAGUAAUAUUAGAGCUGUAUUAUCAUUCUCAUUAUUUUAGGAGCGUAGGAGGGAAUAAUGCCAUACUAGGGGGUGGGAAUCACUAGUAGCCCCACGAUACAAUAUUAUCACGAUACUUGGGCUAUGAUACUAUAUAAGUGCGAUUUUUAAUAUUUUGCAAUCCAGCGAGUAUUGCAAUACCGUAUAUGCCAUUUAUACAUUUUUUCAACUGUUUAGCUAAUUUAGCAUUUGUCUUUCUUUUAUGUUUGUCUUAUUUAGGCUUUGUUUUAUUGUCAUGUAGCUCAUCUUGCAAACUUUAUAUAGAUUUGUCGUACUAACUUUCUCCUACUCUAUGAUGCCACCUCUGCCAACCUCACUGGACAAACAGUUGAUUUUAUUUUUCCAUUGUCAUAGAUUUGACUUUACAUUAACAAUAAAUUUGAAAAAAGCGAUACUUGGUAAAAGAGACGAUAUGAUAUAUCACCACACAAAAUAUUGCGAUACUAUGCUGUAUCGAUUUUUUCUCACACCCCUACUCCAAACCACAAUAUACUUGGAGGUUGAGUACCAACCACCAUAAAACCAGAAUUUUCAUGAAUCAGCACAACAGCCAGGUACUUUUUUGCCAAUUCAGUCAGUCCUGCUGGAGUUGGAGUUUUGGGAGGUUUCGUCUAAAGCCGGAGAAGCACAUAUUCGCCUACUUUGUGCUUCUGCACCAAAUUAAAGAAUCAGUUGAUUCUUGAUCAGUUGAUACGACACUGCGAUGCCUUGAAACUGUGAUACUUUUGCAUUAAUUUAUCAUCCUGUCAGAGUCUCUGUCUGAUGUGAGUGAACCCUGGUUCUGUCGUCUCAAAUACUUUUGGUUUGUGGUUUGGCGCCAUCAUUUUUUUAAUGGGGUUGCAAAAGACAUUUUUCAGAGUUCUGAGGAUAAAAAACUUAAAGACACGAGUGCUUUUAAUCUUCCUCGAGCCUUACGUCUUGUGAAAUACUAAAUAGUAUCAAUUCAUUUUGUGUUAUUCUUCGCCCGGUUGUCAUGAAUUCAAUAUGUGGAAAAACUUUUGAAACAAAGGCAGAUUCUUCACAUGUUAAAAUGUAGAUUUAAAGUAAUGCUGCGGCAGACGUGUGGAUCUAAUUAACUGUGGUAUAGAUAGUGUUAUGAGUGAGAAUUACCCACAUCUCCCUCCUAUGAGAUGCCAAAGCAGUUAAAACAUGUAGAAAACACAGCCCUGUGUUUCACGUGCCGGGCCGCUGUCAGAGCGAUCAUCUCUCAUGGACAGACAUUACCAGAUACACUGAGAUGGCUCGUCUGUCUCUGCAAAAAUAUGCCUCUUAAAACCCCACCGCUGUCCUCCCCAGGGGACUCGUUCAGCCUCAGCUCCCCGAGAUUGCUCUAAUUAAGGCUGAUGUAACGAUUGCAUAAUUUGCGGCAACCCCCAAAACUGGAUUUUGAUGUGUGGCCUUAUUGGAAAUGGUAUGCAUCCUUUUUGGAUCGCUGUUUCCUGCAGGAUUUCCAUUAGUCCAACAUUAAACUUGUGAACUCUAAGCUUGGCAUCCCAAUAUAAUUAUCACUUACAGUAGAUUACAGCUUUAUGGUUUGUACUUAGAUGCAGAUCAGUGAGUCGCUGAGGGAGGCUGCUAAUAUAUGUCUUACACAAAUGAUGGUCUUUUCGAUGGCUUUUUAAGUGCACCUAUAAAAUGAAACCUGAUAUGCAAUUAGCUGUUCCCUCCCUUUUAAUUUUGACAUUUACACGUUGAUAGUCAGAAAUGGAUCAUCUUAGUGCCCUUUUAAAGCUCUCUGAAGUGUUUGCCUUGUAUUGAAAUGUGAAAUUCAACAUUUAAGUAAAAAAAAAACUUAAAAUUGAUGCACGUCAAAGCAGAGUGCACAUUUUACAAGCUUCAAAAUGAUCAUUAUUCUGUUACAGGAAGUUUUCUUUCUUCUGUUUUUCCUCUGCAAAGUCAAAAGUUGCUGACUUUUCCCUCUUUUUGUUUUUUUAAGAUGUGGAUGUUCUGCAGCAGCUUGGGCUUUCUGAAAGAAGGGCAGGCGGGUCAUCGUCUUCAGGCUCUCGAUCCAUCCCCAAUGGCGUCAUCCCCUUCAAGUCAGGAGUCAUCCUCACCCCGAGGGCCCGCAUCCAGGUGCCUCUGCGCACCGUCAUCCCGGCUAACUACAGCUCCACCAAUCUCUCCCUGAUCCUCAGCCUGUCCGUGCAUCGCAUCAACAGCGCCUUCCUCUUCUCUGCUUUGUCUAAAAAAAGGAAAGUUCAGCUCGGAGUUCAGUUCGUGCCGGGGAAGAUUGUGGUGCACGCUGCACAGAGGAGCUCUGUGAGUUUUGACUAUGAUGUCCACGAUGGCCGGUGGCACAGUCUGGCCGUGGAUAUCCAAGGUCAUCAGGUUUUCUUGCGCACUUCUUGUGGAGAGAAAAGUUCACAUGCAGAUUUGCAUUUUAAAAAAGCAGAGGUUCUGGAUGCAGAGGGCUCUUUCCUGCUGGGCAAAAUGAACCACAACUCGGUGCCGUUUGAAGGCGCCAUCUGUCAGUUCGACAUUUACCCCUCUGCCAAGGCAGCUCAUAACUUUUGUGAUUACAUUAAGAAACACUGCAGAGAAGCCGACACGUAUCGGCCCGCGCUCCCAGCCCUGCUACCUCUAUUUCCCAAAGACCCAAACAUUACUGUCUCACAAAGAACUUCACCAUCCAUAAAAACGGAGAGACCGACUUUGGCUUUGACUGAGGAAAACAUGAGGACUACCAUUCUGGACCGCUUGCUGAUGCAGAACAAAACAUCUGAAUAUACGACUCCAGAGCCUGGUGCUGUGUCUGUUUCUUCGCCGCUUCAACCUGGCCUGGAAAUCCCGUUUAGAUUCCUGACUCAGACUGUUACAGCUCCUCUUAGGAUCAGCGGGACACCACCAAACCCUCAACCAAAGUCUGAUGCUGGUGCUGGACAAGGAGAUACUAAUCCUCAGAAACCUUUCAACCAAAAUCUGGAUUUACCUUCCACCAGGAGACCAUCUGAGCUGACACCAAACCUCCAGACCACAGCUGCUUCCACACAGGGCUCCCCUGCAGACGCCUACCUUCCCCAUAAAGACCAGUCAGGCACAGUAGCUCCUGAGAAACCUGAGCCAAAAGUGACCAGUAUGCAGGAUUUCAAACCCACCUCGCUUAUUCCAGUCACUCCAGCUGCAACAGAUGGCUUCCAAACAUUUGACGUGGAGCCGACCCAGUUCUCACUGCUGGCUGGACCACCUGGACUAAAGGGAGAACCAGGACCACCGGUGAGUGUGAGAGCUGUAAACAUACCACAACAAACACCUGCUGCAGGAGUCUGUGCAGGAGUGCAUGCUCACUCUGCACAUUUGAAGAAGAACACAGUCUUCUUUCUUGUGGACGCCUUGCAGGAGUUUUUACUUGUAGCAUUUCCUGUUUGCAGCCGCGUGUUUUCCUCUUUCAUUUUAUGAAUGAAUCUGAUGGAUUAGGUUGUUUCCACUCUGGUGGAUACUCAAACUUUUGGCUGCCACAUUUCUGCGCUUCAGGCCAGCUUUCUUGUACAGUACACCUCUGGAUAACAAUGAUUCACAUGUAUGGGGGCUCUCUGUUUAGAUUUCGGCUGGCCUGUCUUUGAUUCCCAGAUCGGACUCUGAUGCUGUUGCUUACAUGCCUCCUGGUUGUGUGGUUUUCUGAGUCUGGCAGCCAGAGCAGCAUCUCAGAUGUGUUUGCUUAUUCGACAAAAGUGUGUCGGUUUGUUAAUGAGUCACAACUCCAUUUUCCCAGGCUUUUCUUUUUGCUGACUUGAAUGAAAUACUUGCAUGUGGUAUCCUCUUAAACUGGUGCUGGUAGCGGUGGUAGAAACAGGGUCAUCGCUGGUCUUUGCCAGUGAGUGUUUGUCUGGGCGGGGAGGCUGGUGUUUAGGUGUUAGAUUCUUUUGUGAGGGAAUGUGGCCGCUCACAGACCAGAUUCUUUUAAAGUGGGGUCAAAGGUAAACUGGGAUAAAGCGCUUGUGCUCAAUGAACUGUUUUGAGUAAAUACAUAAAGAGCUUUAGGAAAUAAAUGCAGCGCUCUAUCUUGUUUUUAGAGCUGUUAUGAAGAUCUUAGCUUAACGUGCAUGAUAAAAAAAAAAACAGAUCAUUUUAUUUUCCUUGGUGUAGAAAUCACGAUUUUAGCCACAUUCUGGAUGUUACUUCUGUUUUUAAAGGGACACCAUUGAUGAGCAGGUCCACCUGAAGGUCUCAAAAAUAACUGAAUCAGCUGCAUGCUUCGACCAUCGUCUCAUAACCUAUCAAGUUUAUUUUAGUGACAAAGCAACUUUAGUUUCAUGAUGUUGUGGCUUUAUCAAGACUUUUAUCUCAUAAUGUUACAACUUUAAUUUCACAGCUUAACUUUGAAAUCUCACCCUGAGCUUGAAAGUUAGGAAGGUUAUCCCCUAACAGUUUUAUUUAAAAAGCAGCUUGCAUAAUUUUACCAAACACACUGAUAGUAUUGGGCCAGUUUGAUCCGUGGACAUGUUGUCUUGUUGCUUUCUUGCACAGGUUGUCAUGUUGUGUAUUGUCAUUCCCAAGUAAAGCCAAAAAUAUUCUUCAAUACUUAAAUGGUCGUUUGUAUUGAAGGAGAAAGAUGCUGCUAACCCUCGGACUUUCAUUUCAUCUUGUUUGUGGGGGGCGCCCUGACGAAGUUUUGCUGCUCAAGGAUGAACAUUUAUGAUUAUUACUUCAAAGAAAUGCAAUCAGGGUUCUUGUGUAUCUUGUAUGUGUACUGCAGACGCUGUGGUUCUUCUGCCUUAGCAUCUCAGUCUGAUUGCAUUUCCAUGAAGUAAUAAUCAUAAAUGUUUUUCCUUGAGCUGCAAAACUCGACUGCACUCGUUGAUCGACUUGUCAGGGCUCCCCCACAAACAAGCGGCUGCUGGAGGAGAGUGGGUGAGUUGUGUUUGGUCUCUUUGCUAAGCUAAAAAGAUGUUUGGGAGCUAGUGCUAUGACUGGGACCCUACAUGUUCUGUUGAUGAAGUUAGGUGCUGUUCUGAGCAUAAUUUGUAGCUGUAGAGUGGCUUUUUGGUGGAGGUUUGUGCAUAUAGACGUAGACCGUUGUGUAUUGCUAUCAUGCGGUCAUUACUAAAGUUGGUAUAACUAGAGAAGCAAGCAGUCAGCAAUAUUCAUGUCUCGAGAGGGUGUCUUACUCUGUGUUAUGAUGUGUUUGACCAUAACUGAAAUUUACGCCGGACUAUCCCUUUAACGUUGAUAGCCCUAAAAAUGGUGCUAGAUACCCUUGACACUCCUCUGAUGCUACACUGGGUAAUCAAACGGUGACUUUUUAAGAUGAAAUAAAAAUGAACCCUUUUAUUUUAGACGAUGGAUUCUCCCAUCAUAAAUUGGUCACAGCUGUUCCAGACUGGUUUAGCUGUACUCGUCUUUCAUCAGCCAGUGUUGACUGUAGACUUUGUGCUUCAUAUUGACCAUAUGGUGCUGUCAGGCACUGUUCCUCUGUUCAACAGAGCGGUUACCCACAUUUUCCAUUGUUAAAGGACUCCUCUGUCUCGUAUUAGCUCAUGUUCAACCAAAAAGAAUGUUUUAAGUAAAGCUUUCCUGUGCUGGCAGCGAGGGAAACCACAGCUCGGCAUGCCCCCCGAAGCCACUCAGACCGUUUUAUGAGGGAGAAGCGACCAAUGCCGAGGACUUUCACCAUCCUGCUGUUUGCUAAUGUUUCAACAGAGUUUGCAAACUUUAAACAGAUUGCUGAGUCAGUUAUAAAAUUCAUUUCAGUCUGUUUUUCAAUGCGAUCUUCUGAAAUAUAUUAGUGAUGAUUAGAAACACAUUGUUGAGCUUUUGAUCCCCGUCCACGGGGAACAGGGUUAGUGUUAGUAGGUCAGUUGAAGACAGCGUCAGUUUGACCUGCCCAUAUGAGCAGAAAGGUCUUUGAAUGUAAACACUGCGAAGUCUACUGCAGUCAUUGUUUUAGGAAAGCAUGUCAGCUCAAUAACAACAAAAGAGCUGAGGAUCUUCAUGCUCAAAGAUUUAUUUGACAGUCCUUUGGCUAACUCAGCCAAUAUGAUUAUAUUGAAAAUGACAGAUACAAGUAAAAAGGAAACACCUGCACAAAUGAAAUAUUUUUUUUUAUAGAUUAGACUAGAUUAAUAAUAAGACUGUAAGAUCAGACCCACUCCUAUCCUCAUCUUCGUCCACACAGGUCAAACACUUUACAGCAUUUAGGAAGUUACAGUGGAGAGGAUGAACUCAACUUAAUUGGCAGAAACCCUGAGCAGGACCAGACUCAUGUUAGACAGUCAUCUGCUGUGACUGCGCGAGAGAGGGGAGAGAGGGAGAUGCAUGUAGUUGAAGAAGCUGUAAAACAGGCAGCAAAACAUCUGCAGCAGCAGGUGUAAAACACCACCUGUUUUGGUUCAGUACUGGAUAAGUAAAUACCCUGAAUUAGGCUGCUGAACUUGCCAAACCAGCAGCAGAAUAGCAGAGCGAUUUUCUCGCUUUUGUUUUCCUUUGGUUUCAGUAAUGAUCUGAUCUUUGCUGGGCUGCUGCCACUGAGUUUUUACAACUUCUUUCCCAGUUCAAAGGUGAACCAAAUUAGUCAUGUUUGUUGUUGACUAGGAAUAAAAAAGAAAAACCUCAGAGACUCCAGAGACCAAAGAAAGAUUAUAAUAAAAAUAAUUGUUUUCUUCCACCGGAAUUGAAUACUUAACAUGCCAAAAUAACUCUGGGCGAAACACUGAUCUGAUCCAAUCUUUUUUACUUAGUACAAAUUGGAUUAAGGUGUCAGCUCCAGCCUUGACUUUCCUUCUCCAUCCAGCAGUGUCUGCAGCUCGAACUGUCCAUCAUGCACAGACAGCCUGAUGGCUAAAGGAUCUAACAGUUGCUGAAAGCUCUUUGGCUUUCUUGACCGAAUGCCGGCUGAAACAGUUCAAUUACGGCUAUUGGCUCUGAAGAAAGUGCUCUAUAACUCUGACAUUAUUACAGUAGCCCAAUUUCAGCUGGACUGCCCGGAGCUGUUUGAAAGUCCUAUUUCCUUUUCCUCUUUCUUUAAACUUCUGAAGCCAUGGGAAAAUAAGUUACAAUCCCUACAUCUCAAGCUUACUCAGGUUCCCCAGCUUGACCCUUCAUUAGAUUUGACCUUUCGGAGCUUUGCUAAUCCAUGUAUGAAAUUGUUUUAAAGCUAGCUGAUGCCCAUAAUUAAUGUGAUUGGCUGCGGCUGGAACCAGUGCCGACCUCCCUGCCAGUGUAAUGAGUCAGACUUGGGCUCUGUGCAGUGUAGCGGUUUGGGGCUGAAAUCACUUUGGCUGCCGAAGCUCCUAACAAGACAUCCUCAUGCCUGCCAGCAUCGCACUUACUAAACGCUCCGCAACUUUCCACCAACUCCACUGAUGCAAAAUCAGAAAGAAAAGGCUGAAGAUGUGUUUACAGAGUCAAUUUCAUGCCUUAGUGAUGUUGCAAAACUCUUAUUCUUUGCAGAUGAAAUUAAUUCUCGACCAGCAUCAGAUUUUUCAGGCUGAUACCAACAUGGAUUUUACAGUUUCUGCAGCACUUUUCAAACUUUUACAGGUGUUCAGAUGUACUAUAUGUUAUCUUUAGGUGCUGAAUUAGAGCUAAUUUCUCUCUUGGACCAGCAGCACCACACAAGACCAACAGGGAUGAGAUUGGCUAUUACUUCAGAGAUGUUGUAAUUGGUCUGUUGCAGCUCUGAGCGAUCUAUUUGACUGUAAAAGAUGCCUUAAAGCAGUGGUUCUCAAGUCCAGUCCUCAAGCUCCCCCGUCCUGCAUGUUUUGGAUGUUUUCCUGCUCCAACACACCUGAUUCAAAUGAUCAGCUCGUUAUUAAGCUCUGAAAUUGCUUAAUAACGAGCUGAUCAUUUGAAUGCUGCAAAGCUCCAGUAGAUCAUUAGCAAUUCGUCUCUGAGUCGUGGGUGGAGACAGCAAUGCUCUAUGCACUCCUCCUCACGCUAGCUUGCAGCCUAUCAUUUCCAGUGUAGUAGAAGAGACAAGUAACAUAGGAGCUAUUCAGCUCUCAGACACUAAUGUCUUUUGGGGACAUGAUUAAAGCUAAUAUCAUAAUUGGUUUUCUUACAAGCAUUGCAAUCCACUAAUGCACAUGCUUGCUCCAUGAUCAUACUCUCUAUUUCUCAGAGUGUGACCUGAAUAGCGGGGCUCUGGGGUCAGAGCUUGGAGUUGCUAUGUAGAAAAUCUCACUGUAUCUGAGCCUGCCGUUUGGGUCUGCCAGAGAGUCACAGCGAUUUGAAAGCAGAAAUACUUAGAAAUGCAAUUUCGCACUUAGUUUUCUCAAGAUAUGUCCUGAAGCAUCAGAAAACUGCCAUAUGAACAUGUAGACAACAUGAAAAACAUGACUUUUAUCAGAGUGGGUCUUUAAAAAAAUCAAUAUGGCAAAGAAGACUAAUUGAUUAUGUGUUUCAGCCUUUUAUUUUACAGAUAGCCCAUAAAUUGAAUUAGUUAAAAAGUGAACCACUUUGGAUCCAGCUGUACCGUAGGUGUCACCGGCUAACUCUUCCCCCACUGAACAAGAUGUUAAACAUUACAGCUUUGGUCAUUUUUUUUAUGACGUUCAAGCAAAGUUUGGAGUUGGAGUUUGUAAUAUGACAAAUUCAAUGUUUUUUUUUUUCACUGUAAAUGCAUACCAGUUACAAAUAUCCGUUAUCAGUGUAAUGGCUCAAAUCAAUGUUACUGGUAUCAGCUCUGAAAAACCAAUUUCUGUAAACUCUUAGUUGCUCAUCUGUAGAUGUGUGCAGCUUGGAAAUCUCUCUUUGCAUUGACUUUUAACCAGUCUGUUGAAUUUUUAUCCAAAAAUGGGGUAAUGUCCUGGUUAAAAAGUUCCUGAUAUCGGUGUCUGUAGUGUAGACUGCUUCUCAGAACUAGCUGCAUGAUUUCAGCCUGCAGAGCAUCUUCACUUCAUCAUUAGCUCUUUUGUGCAGAUUACAGCAUCUUUCAAACUGUUGUUAGAAUCAGUUACUCUAAAAUGAGAUUAUAUGACAUAUACAUUAGUCAGGCACUAUUUAAUGCACUCUUGCUAUACAGAGCUCAUCUGAGAGGAAAUACUCUCUUCUCCUUCUUUAUUAAUAAAUAUCUUUUAUUUGCUUUUCCCUAGGGACCUGAAGGGCCUCCAGGGCUGCCAGGAAAGCCAGGAAAGAGGGGCCCAAGGGUGAGUAUCUCCAAACCUCUUAUUCCCAUCACCUCUUUUCAACCCUUUUAGUAUCUGUUACACUCAGUCACAAUCAGGCUUUAAUCAUGUCCGAGCUACAUAGACCAUUAGCGGUGCGUUAAAAUGAACAACCUUUGAGCGUUUCGAUCAGGCGCCCUGUGACCUUGCGGGAUUAUGGAGCAUUAUUCAGCCAGGCGCUGGUUUGCUUUGGCUGGAAACUUUGAUCAAGCUGUGUGUCUCUGCUGCCAAGAUCCAUUUAUAAAGCCAGAGAGCAAACAAAUGUAGGCUGAACUAUCUGUGGGGUACCAGUGUGAAGGUAAUUGAACACACACGGUAAGUAUUAGGAAACAUCAAAAUUAGACAAGACUUUGAGGAGACCUAUAUUUUCCUGCACAAGCACUUUCUAUCCCAUAAAUAAACAGUGCACUUACUUAAAUUAGGCACAGGUCCUUUGCCAACGUUAGUGAAUGCUCCUACUGUACCACACUCAGGGCUUUAGUGCCAUGUCUCUCCUUCUGGGGCUCAGUGUCAGUCAGAGCUGUGAGCUCCUCAUGAAACCACAUGGAGGGAGUCCAGAUGUGUUUAAAGCUCUUGUAAUACUAGAGGAGAAAUAACACUGGGAGAUGAUUUGUCUCAAGGGACGGUUUGUUAUUUAAUCAUCUCUGAAACUGUAGCUGAUGUUUACAUGUGUGUGUGUUUGUGUGUGUGUGUGAGCUGACCUGAAAAUCUCUUCCAUUAAUAGAACGACUGAUGCACGGGUUACAUUUUAAGAAGUCUGUAAAUAUGCUUGAACCUGAGGCGGUGAAAACACACAAAGAUGCCCUCUUUGGUUUCUGUUUUGCAGCACCCCUGCAGACUUUCUCCUGCAGAGUGCUUUCGCUACAGAGCAGUGUGAGUUUUAGCUACCUGCUGCAGCCCGUGAGACUCUGCCCCGCAGUCAGGCCUCAUAGGGGUGGGCUGUGGGAACCCAAUCUCUUUAAACAAGGAAGAAAGAGGGCUUUGUCUCCAUCUUAUUAAAGGCAUUUAAGACCCUGUCUGGAGCACAGCAGCUCCAUGCAGAAGUACACUGGCCUCUGUGGAGUUCAUUCAUUAUCAGGCUCCUGAGACCAAAACUGUGAGCCACACCGGCUGAAGAAAUAAGGACCUGAGGGGGCAGUCGAGGUUUUUACAGGUUGUUUUUUGGUUAGUUGAAGUGAUUGAAAAAAUACCUCACAGCUACACUCAUGAUUUAAAAAAAGAGCUCUCUGGACUGGACUGAGCUCAACACCAGGAAAGACAGCAUAAAAGCAGGUUCUGUGUUUUAAACACAUGAUCUCUCAAUGUGCAGAGAAGCGAUGCAAAGUAUAUCUGCUUAAGAAGUUUUCACACUGCAUUAUUGAUUAAUUGACUGUUAAACUGCAGUAUAUUCUUUACAAUAAAGUCAUGAAACAUCAGCCAGGGAAUUUCAUUGAAACUGGAUAGAGAUGAUGUCAGUCUUUUUUGGAAGGGCUAUUUACAUGCAGAACUUUCAGUGCAAAAUAUCUGAUCCACUAUUUCAGGAGGGACUCAAGGGUAAACCCGAGGUUAUAUGUGAGCAGUUUGUUCUUCUCAGACUUAUCUUGAUUGCAGUGAGGAACUCUAAUCUUUAAAAGACCGUAUCUCAUUUCACUUUAAGUCUGAGAGAUGAGGAACAAUGUGAAGGAGCGAACACAGCCUUUCACUGAAUGUAUGAGCCCGGUGUCCUGUGUGGGUAUUUCUGCUCAUCACAAAGGCUUCACAGCAGCCCAGCUGACACGGAGCCUCACCUCUCUGACAGGAAGGUGUCAUGUCUGACCGAGCAGACGGUCUCACUGCUGCAGCCUCUCCUACACGUGAGAGCGUCCACGUUCCUCCACACAGCCGUGAGCUCCGCAGAGCGCCGGAGUUCACCCGGCCCUGGAGGGGAGGCUUGAGAGCGGAUCAAAGAGGGCUUUGUGUUGGGAAAGCAACCUGCCAGCGUGCAGCCAGUAUGUGAUGCUGCCAGGGCUUUCUGUGAAAUUGAAUCCAUUUGAAUAAUUGCUUUAAGAGUAGUUGACACUAUUAUGACAUGAAAUAGGGGGUCUGUGGGGCCCAGGGCUCUUUAAUGCCAGUCUUCACUCAUGUUUGCUGCAAAUUUAGACUAUUUUGAAAUGGAUUUAAUGUGUAAAUGCGUGUGUGAGACGUCUGUCAGAGGGUUGUUUUUGUUUUUUUUUCUCCAUCAUUAUUUCUCCACAGAUCAUUUCCUUAUAUUGCCUAUACUUAUGCUAAUAGGGAGCACAUUUAUAGAAUCACGUUAAGCAGCAGGAAGUUAAGAGAAGAUGUCAGCAGGCAGGCAGCACAAUCAUCGUAGGAAAGCUGUGAGCAUAUUUAAACUCCAGAAAUGAUUCCAUGUUGUAAUCCCAUGUUAAUGUACUGUAACACACCAGUCCAUGAAAAUAUUUUCUACCCUCACGUGCAGCACUGACCACACAGAGCCUCUGCAGAAACGGGGGAUGUACAUUUUUAUCACCACCACCAGCAACAACAGGCGUUGUUUCAACCUCUUGAAUUAAUAGAUGAAUGACUGAAACUUUUAUCGGCCUCAGGAGCAUUUUCUUUGCACCUAUGGGAGCUAGUCGCCUCAGAGAAGGUGCAGUAUAUCCUAUUAUAUCUUAGAGAGUCAUAAUACUGCCUUUACUUUUGUUUUAUUUUGCCAUUAAGGUCGUUUUCCCUUCUUACUGCUGUGUAAAUUAGGGCCUAUGUCCACUAACCGUGUUUCUUGCACCGGCAGUGUAAUCGAGAGUUCAGGGACUUCAUUUAAAACCCCCUAGUGACCCAUUGGCAUCCAUGUGUGGUCAGGCGCAUGUGUGCUGCUGUCUUAAGGAUGUCCAAGUUCACUGCACCGUUGAUCCAACUCAAGCCUGAUCAACUGAAUCUUGCUUUUCCUGCAGCUAUCGCAGUUUGGUUUAAAAUAUGACGAAGACAAAGGAAGGAGGAGGAAGAAGAGGAGCUUUGUUAUAGUUCAAAGCUAAAGGAGGAGGAGCCCCUUAGCUUGCUUCUCUAGUUUGCCUCACUCUCUCCUCAAAUAUAUGGCUUAAUCCUAGAGUCUUUUACAACCCAACCAAUUGUCCAUGGUGCACACUCCCUUGACAUAGAAACAGAUAGAUGCUCAAUGCAACAAUCCACUCUGGCUAUAUAAAUGCACCAAUGUCUGCAGCUUACCUUCACAUUCAGUGUUUCCACUAGCUUUUUCGCGCUGUUUUUGGGGCUGGGAGAGAUGCUUAAGCUAGCAUUCACCGGAGAAUGUGUGGUGUCCGCAUCAUCACGUACCAUCUUUUUGAAGAAUGCAAAUAUUUUCAAUCAGGGUGCUGAACAUUCGGGGACAGUUUGGUGCUCAAUGACCAGCUUUUUUUUUUUUUUUUUGAUAGCAGCAAAUGCGAAGGAAAGGAGCCAGAACCCCAGCGGCAAGCGCUUGCGACCAGAAUACCAGAAUCAGUGGUGCUUACAUGUUUCACCUCUGAACUAAGCGGAGCGGCAUGUCAGCACGCGUGUAUGUUUUGAGAUAGAAAGAGGGGCGAGCAGAGAGUCCUACUCGUGGCAGAGGAGCGAAGAAUACAUUUUUCUUCAAAGUAAUUAAAUGAUUGAGAGCUUCAGAGUCUGAAAUUGCUCAAAUUAUAUUCCAUUUUAUAGGCCAUUUUAGAAAAAUAAAAAUUAAACGUAUAUUAAUCCACAACUUCAAUAUCUGGGUUGUGAUCUCUUCGGCAGGGCGGGGCGCCUUGCCAAAUACACUAUAGGGGAAACACAAUUAGUCACAUGCAUUAACAUUCACAGUGCUGAUUUUGUGAACUCCCACACUAAAAGCCCCAACUCCACCUAUAUGAAGCACCUAUUUCCUACCAAAAACAGGUGCUGUUCAGCUUUCCAAUAGCUUGCACAGACUCCAUCAAAACCUUUGGCGUCAUCCCAUCCCUUUCCUGGUUAAUUUUGAUGCUUAUAGCUGUAACAGAUGGAGGCUGAAUCGAACGAUACAGGUUUUAACAUCCUUCUCACAUGUAUUAAAAAACUCUCAGGUCAGAGUCACAGUGUUUCCUUCCACAUGCCGUCCAGUGAAGGUGUCGGCAGGUCUGUUCGGGGUUAAUGACCAAUAAAAACAGUAGCGCUCCACGUGUCGCUCCCUGUAAAACUCCUCGGCCCACAUCAUAAACCGGUUCUCAGCUCUGGCACACAGGUGUGCUUCAUCUGCAGGCCUCAGGUGUGUGUGUGUGUGUGUGUGUGUGUGUGUGUGUGUGUGUGUGUGUGUGUGUGUGUUUGUGCUGACCUGGGUUUACAUUAACACCUAAACGUGUGUUUGUGUUUAUUUGCUGGUGGUCUCUAAAUGGUUCCUUGUCAGGAGUUCUUUUCAACAUUCAGGCAAAGAGGCACUUUAUUCCUCUCUUCACCCACACGCUGAUAGACAAAGUGACUCAUUCUCCCCAUUAUGCUUCCGUCUCCAUCAGGAUUACAGCCGCCCACCUCCUGCCUUUUCACCUUGUGUACAGCAAGAAUGCAAAUUGUGAUAUUUGGUCCCAUCCUUCCCUGCUUCCUCUACCUCUCCUCCCCUCUUUGCUUCCUAUCUGCAGGUAAUGACUUCCAUACGUUUUAAUAUCAAGAGAGUGAAGGGGGAGCGCUUUGAAUAGAGGAGGAGGAAAUCUGUAGAUGAGCUUCUGUUAAGUGGCUCCAUAUGCCCAGCAGUGAGCGUCUGCUGUGGGGGGAGCGGAGCUGUUCGCCUCCUCGCUCACAGUCUGAUAAUUGAGCACAGAUAAAUAACAGAGGCGGGCCGUGCUCUUACACUUCUUGCCCUCCUGAGUAAUCCAACUCCUUACUUUCACCUCCAGCUCAGGGGGAAAAGUUUGGAAAAACUCUAAAGAAUGGACUUAAGAUGCGGCAGCUUCUGUUAAAGUUUUCUGAACACAUUUCAAUUUCUCUGGAGAAGAUUUUCCAUGCUCAGCGUUUCAACUUGUGCAUACUCAAACUGCAGACUCCUCAGCCGGAUGCCUCAGGAAGUUGUGGCUUUAUUUUUCCAAACAGUCUCUCUUGUAGCUUAUUUAGAUUUAUAGUCCCCUCAAAAAAGAGAGAAUAGAUGCAGCCUCCUCACUCUCCGCUCCUGAAAGUCUGACCGCCUGGACGGACUGGAGGGAGAUCGUCCUUCUUGAUAAAACUUCUGGCCCAGAUAGCUCAAUGAAUAACAUCUAAGUAGGUUAUACAUCACAGGCACCUAUGGCACAGAGCGACUGGGGAGUACGCUGUGAUGGAUGAGUGGCCUUCACUUUUCUGGGACCCCAGAAACCAGUGGAAAAGAGUGGGGAUGAGGGAAAUCACAUCCAUAUGUCAUAACUUGGACAGGCAGGCAGACAGACGAGGCAGGCAGGAGGUGCAGGACGUCUCACAGAGCACCUAUACACAAACACAGAGGGACCUCAGGGCAGCACUGACCUGUCCCAUAACACAAACAGACAGUGGAAAGGGAACAAUGUGUGCAUACGUGUGUGAAUACCUCACAUAUAGUCCAGACUCUGACCCCCCUCUGAGACCUGCUCACUGACCCCGAUGAUCACCUUCUUUAAUCAUGUGUGUCUCUGUUUUCAGGGUCCUCCUGGCCCACAUGGAAACCCUGGUCACCCCGGGCCUCCAGGAUUGAAGGUACGCCAUUGAAAGUUUCAAAUAUCACAAUAAAGGUUUUGUGAUAUUUAUAAAAAACUGCAAAAAGGUUGAUUGUCAUGCUUUAAUUUUGAUAUGUCUUGUCUUUAGGUUGCUUUAUAUCCUGAUUUGUAAAAGUAUUCUCUUAUUAUGUUCAAAUGCCCGACUUACUUCUGUUUUUGGAUUCAUAAUAUCAGCUUUUAACAGUGACUAGUCUUCUCUUAGAGGACUUCUACAGCUAGACUGUUAGCAGCUUCAUCUUCUUCCUCUCCAAGUCCCCAAUCCAGGGCUGCAGCCUUUCGAAGGCCACAUUUGAACACUGAAUGCGCCGCAGCAGUGCAUUUCCCAUAUCAAAGCCGUCUUUAAGUGUAAAGGCUGCAUCAGCUCCAUUCCUUACGGCCCGGCGUAUCCUGUGACUCUCUGAGUGCCGAUACAUGAUGUCAAACUCUUAAAAAACAAGAAACAAACUUUUAAAUUAUAUUAUUUGGUUUAAACUCAGCAGCACAGAUGCAUUGAAAUAAGUAAAAUGAAGAUGAAAAGCCAUUAACUAUUUACCUUACAUUGCAGCACAUGAGUAUAGCUGAAGUCCUGGUUUCUAAAAACCACAGCGUCCGUCUGUUUUGGAAAAUAACUUUAGUACCUCUCUGUAUUUGGACUUCUUUUGAAUGAUUUAUACGUUUUGUGGGAACUAAGAGUCCUGCAGGCUUAAGGCUGAAGACAGAGUGGGGAAGUCUCAAAGUGCUGAGUGAUGGACCCACGCAGUGUUUGUUUGGGUCUUUUCCUGAGAUUUGUUAUGAAAGAAAAUACGGAAUGACACAAAAACAGAAUAUGCUGUUGGUGUUUUGUUUACAUCCAGGACGCAGCAGGGGAAAAAGAGGUCUGAAUGUUGGGAUAUGAUGAACUGACUUCUGCAAAAAGGAGUUUUUGUGUUUAGGUUUGACUCAAAAAUAGAAGUAAUCACAUACUGCUGUCGGGAUUUUGGUCGAAAGGUUGACAGGGCCUUAAAGAUUCUUAUUUUAUAUGUUUACUAGUACAUUUGAUGGGGAAAAAUGCAGGAAAAGUUACUUUAUAAUGUUUGCAAAGUGGAUGCAGCGCCACCAGUAAAAACAUACGAAAAGAUUGAUGUGUAUUAUGAAAUGUAGGACUGCAGCAAAGGUGUAAACCAGCUAAGAUAGAAAAAAAAAAAACAAUCAUUGAACACUUCAUAAACUCACAUAUACUUGUACACUAUCUAUGUCUCUAAAAUGUCCUGUUAAAUUUCACAAACUUGCUUUAAUAUCAGCCAUCUCUGUAAAAGUGAGAUAAAAACUCAAAGCUCCUGUGUGGAUCUUGUUUGUGUCAACUUUGGCUCCCCCUGUGGACAAAGCAGUCUUUGCUUAUCUUAUCUUACAUUUUCUGACCAGAAAUCUUAUCCUGCUGACUUUGACAGUCAAAUAUAUAAUUACCUACACCUAUGCACAAGGGGGGUUUACAGUAAAUGAACAGAUAAUCUUGUCAGUCAUGGUCUUGUUUGCUUUUGUAUGAUAUAAAAAGGCAUCAAUAUGAAUUUCUGUCUAUUUGAUAAACAUUAAAAAUCUCAGGAGCUUUAAAUAAUAAAAAUAAUACUGAUAGGUAAUAAAUCUCGCCUCCUUCAGCAAUCCCUAUGGAGCUGUGGACUAACUCUAGAAAUUUAUUACACAGAAAAUAUUUUUUUCUCCCCCCUGGUUGCAAUGUUGACAUGUAGUUAUUGUAAGACUGGUUUGUGCUCAAGGCCUCUUUUUUCUGUGCAGCUCUAUUUUUAAAAGUUAUUAGGGGGUUCAUGUUUUCUAUGAUUGACUCUUGAUACAGCCUACGGGCAUACGAAGAUAACGUAGCUCACCCGGGGGAUACGCUGUUUGAGCCGAGUGUCAUCACAGCGACUCUCCUGUCACCGAAAGUUACUGUCGCAAAUGACGGUUUCAGGAAACGGAGAAAAUCCUGUAAAUGCUGAGAGCAAUUUGGCUUCAAAUUUGUACUAUGAUGGGAGUCGGAGUCAAGUUGCCCAUGUUAUAUACAGUCUCUGGGUCAAACCCUCUUGGCAGUGCAGUACAACUCCUCAGCCCCUUAAAAAGCCAUUUGUUUCCCUUCAGGAGAAAACAUCAUAACUCACUAUCAGUCUGUAUUCCAGCUGAUUUGAAUUGUCAACAGAGGCUUAAUUUCCCAUCAUAAUCUGCCAAUCUGAUAACAGAAAGGAGUAUGUCUGUAUGUUAGAUGGUGUGAGAGUAAAACGUCCAUACUUCCAGUGCGUGCCAAAUCCAUUUGAGUGCACUGAAUUUUCCACACUUUCUUUAAACAUUUCAAAUCAUAAUCGAUGCCAUGCUUUGGCUUGCUUCAACCAAGGGGAAAAACCAUAACUCUUAUACAUAUGUGUGACUGGAGUCCAACCAAACUAGGCCCGGCUUAGUUUGACCCAUUUGCACACAAACCUCAAACAGCAGACAGCCUGGUCUGGCACGGUUCCCCGCCUGGAGAAAAAUGAGCAAGCAGGAUGAAAACAUGCUGUGUUUUAGCCGAGUUUUGUUUUGAAUAUGACGCUUUAUCAGGAUGUAAUGUUGAUUAAUGGAGACAAGAUGAUGAUCAAUCUGCCUCCUGCUGAAUGUAGCCUCCAAUUAGGUGUUAAAUGAAAUGAAUGAAGGCGUGAAAUAUGGUUUUAAUCAGCACAAGGGCUUCAGAGGCUCUUGACUUUUUGGAGAAAAUACCUCUUUUUUUGAGCCUUCAGAUGAUGUUGCUGAGGUACGAACUCCCUGCCAGAAAAAGACGACGUUCAUGCAUGCAUGUAGCUCUUGGCUGGAGUUAAACUCUUGGCUCUCUGAAGAAAUCUGUCUGCAGAAAAUUCCCACAAAGGCUUUCCAAUGCCAAGCUGGUAAAACAAACACACAGGUUCUAGUGGGUUGAUGGGAACUUUGAAGAAGAGCUAGGCUUGACUUCGCUCUGGCCUUUUGUACUAGCAGAUCGAGAAAAAUGGGACAGGAUACUUCUUAAAAAAGAACUAAAAACUCGUCGUGAAACAGGAUUUCUCUUUGUGCUGGUCUUGAAAUUAAAAAAUAAAUAUUACAGUCUACUUAUUGUUUAUUUAUUUGCAUCUUAAAGAAAAGCAGUGGAGAGGUUGCAUCAGAGGACUUGGAGGAGGCUGCUGUUUUGACAGAAUUUUAUGAAAACAUCAGGAAGAAGUGUUAAAGACGGAAAUGGAUGAAUUCAACCUAAGUUUGUCCUCACUUGUGAUCCCUAAAAAGUCUUGUUCAUCAGACUGUGGCCAUUUCUUUAAUAUUAAUAUGAGUUUUGAACGGGGUAUUGUUAGAUAGUUUGUGUUUCAAUUGUGAUUCAGAAACAGAAUAAAAUUUCAUUUUCUAAUUUGUUACAAAACUAGAAACUGGAUGGUUGUUUACGACUAAAACCAAGAUACCUUUUCGUAUUUGGUCUUUCCUUUUCUCCCCCUCAACAUACAGGUUGAAUAUUGAAAAGGCCUCAUGACUUCGAAAAACAUAGUCACGUGUUCUCCUCUUUUUACUACUUUAAACCAAAAAUUAAAAGAUCUGAAGGGCCAAUUUGUGUCCCUGUGUCUUAAUGCAAAAUUGGAGAAGAAAGCUCCAAUUUUGUUUGUUAAAGAUGGAAGUGACAAGUUAAAAUUUUCAAACUAAAAGCCAAAAGAAUCAUGAAUGUUUUGCCUACAGGAUCUACAAAUCAGAGUGAAAUUACAUAGGGAAGGCCUCUGCACAAGCUUGAUAAAAGUCCAAAGCAUUUGACGUUUCUCUUUUUCAUUCAAGGCUAAUUCAUUUGUUUGGCACCUUUUGAAUAUGCGUAAAGGCCUUUAAUGACUCCAUUCCUUAGAUUUGACAAAUGUUUAUUGGAGAAAAGUAAGUGACUGUCAUCCGUGACUAACAUUGUGCAUACUGUGUAAGAUGUUGCUGCAAAAUCAUGACUGUAAAUUAGAGCGAAUAGAGGCCCUAAAAUGGAUCCCUGUGGUACCCCACGCUGUAUCAUAGCUCUCUAAUACACUCUAUACCGUCUUAUAACCUUUUGACAUACUGCCGUCUAAUUACUGAGCUACUAAAUCCAAAUCCGCACAAGUAAGAAAGUAAAAUAUCAUAACUUACAUUAGGGCUGGGCUGUAUGGCCUCAAAUUAACAUCACGAUGUACUGAGCUGUUCACCUCGAUAACGAUAAAUGGACGAUAACUACUCCACAAGCUGCUCACCCCCUCCCACAUUAAUUUUGUUUACUUCUGCCGCUGCUCCAGCUGCUACAACUUUUGAACUGUCCUCCACCUCCUCACCUAUCUUUCCCUCUUUGUUACAGACUGGAUGGGGUGUUGUCACAUCUCUGACAUAGGACAGCAUCUUAAAGGGACAUGAGACCAUAGCCUACCUACACACAUCCAAAACCAACUUUUAUUUAUUUAUGUUCUUGACAGCAAAUACACCGAUAUGGGCAAAAUGACGUCGGUUAUUGUCAUAAAUUUUGGUAUCGGUGAAUUUUUGGUUUCUCGCCCAGCCCUAACUUACAUUAUCACAUGUCCAAGAUUGAUCCAUAAUACAAACCCCAUCUUUUCUGGUUAGAGCUAAUGAAAAAAAAAAAAAACAUACAGGCAGCGAUAUUGUUGUGGGUUCCAUACUGGUGUUCAUACAAUAUAUAACACGUGUUUACAUGCUCUAAAAUGUGUUUGUAAACUAGUUUUUGAGUAAACCUACUUUUUCUCUCAUGUCCCAGUGCAGCUCUAUCAUUUCAGGGUAGGAAGUUCAAACAGCUGAUCACUUGGUUAAAAGUCCUGCAGAGUUGUAGCUGUCUCCUUUUUUCCCACCACACACUUGUUGCUCUGUUUGAUUAGCACUAAUACAGGCAAUUAGCAGUUUCCUGAGUCGUUCCUUGACCGGUGUGGUUGGAAGUUAAACGCUGACCCAGAAUGCACUGAGAGGAUUCCCGCUGCCUGAAAAGGCAGAAGAAUGCACACAGUCUGUCACUCCCCACUACUUCUCGCCAGCUUGGUGUAAACUGAGUCACAGAGGGGCAUAAACGGACUUCACUUUAGUGUAAAUAAACUGCUGGACUCACUUACAAGAAGGAUGAACUCAUGGCUCUGACGGUGUUAACGCUAACAGCAAACUGCUCUGCACCUUGUGAACUGGAAUGCCUUGGCAGUGCAGCAAAUAUGCAGUGAACGUUGGUGCAAGUCAAAUGUUUUCUGUUUCUCUGUUGCAGGGGCAGAAAGGAGAUCAUGGUCUGUCCCCCGGCUUGGCCCCUAAAGGACUCAAAGUAUGCAUUUGGUCAUCUUUUGUCACACAGAGUGGCUCCAUUAUUUGCAGACUCGGUUAUGCUAAUUAUGUCAGCUUAUAUCAUGUGAGCUAAUUUGUGUGUUUCAGGGAGAGCAUGGUGGACUCGGCCCUCCUGGACUGCCCGGCCAAGCUGGACGAAAGGUAGAAAGUCAGAUUUACUCCCACAAACUCAUCCUGCAUGUUUGUUUGUGUGUUUAAAUUGACGAGGAAGUAACUUUGUCGACACAACAGAAACCUCUAGCUGUGUCCCAUAUGUUUAAAAAACCAACGUGUGCCUGCUCUGUUCCUGUUUUAAGAUGUUUUCAGACAUAAAUCAAACACCUUGAAUGAAUGAGGAUCUGAAUGAGCAGAGUUAUGUAUAUGGAGGAUCACUAAAUCAAACAUACACUCUAACCCCUCCUGGCCCGUGCGUCUCUGUCUUUGAGGUGGAAAAUCUGUGAUAUAGUGGCGUUCAGAAGCUCCAGCCAAACAUGGAUGUUUGAGCUCUUGUUUGGAAAGCAGCCGCACAUAAUGCAGGCGUCAGGGAGCACACCUGUGUUCUGGUUCUCCCCCGUGGGUUUGGUGCUAAAGGUUUGACUAUCUCAUCUGUUACAUCAUCUGCAUCACAGGCCUUCAAAGUGAUGACGGGGAUGGAGGUGAGCUGAAGUUUACCGAGGGAAACUUUUUGCUUUCUUCAAAUGCGAGUUAUGUCACCGGCUCUCCGGAGAACAGCUCCUGUAAAAAGUAGGACAAGUUUGGAGCGUGGUUCAGCUCUGUGAUCUGGUCCUGCUCUGGAUUGUUUGUCUACAUUAUUUGCCUUCUUAACAUACCGCUGAGCAGAGAGUGAUGGUAAGCAGCAUGUUUUUCCAUGGCCUUAUACAUUUUAUCCUUGGCCUUUUCCCGAAGCCAGUUAUCCCCCUCACAGUAAUUACACAUCUCAAGUGGGCCAGAGCCGGCUGGAUUUCCUUCUACGCAGAGUGAGCAAAUUACACAGCACUUUGUUUUUCCACAUUGUUUUUUUUGAGACGAUGUUUUCGCAUCACUGCGUCCUCUUACACACGAAUGCUUUCUGUUUGGUCAUUGACAAAUAACGACAGACCCUUUUCCUCCUUAAAUGCACGACUGUAAAACCUGAAACCUCCCCGGAGUAUUCUUUUUUCUUACUAUUUCCAAGAAAUACAUAGUAAUACUUGUAGCAGCUAUGCAGUAUUACAUCUCUUAUUACUUUAACCCAACCUUUCCAUGUCUGGACUGCUCAGCCUGAGGCCUUUUGGCUACCACUGAAAAUGGAAAUCCUUUAAAACAGCUCCACAACUCUGUCAGAGCCUGGACGCUGAGUAAAUUUUGAUUAAAAGAGUUGAAUUUUAUGGUUUGCAAAUCAUUCAAAGCCCAUUUUUUGAUUACAAAUAGAGUAAAUACUGCUGCAUGAUCUAUACUAAUGCCCCAUAUUUGCCUGAUAUAGGUCGGGAUAGGGGUCGAUCACAGUUUCCAUUAAAAACCCAGUUCUGCAUUUGUCAGAACCCAAAAACCAAAAACAUUGGAGCUCGCCCAGUUAAGUCUCAAGGGUCCCAGGAAGUUAUUAUACUUUGAGAUAAGUUAGUUAAUUAGCUAAGUAGUAAAUGCACAUUAAUGGGCUAUCUCAUAAACAGUAGUGAUCUUGAUAAGGACUCUAAUCAUGAAGGGAGUCUCAAUAAUGGUAUCAAAAUCAACUUAAGGUAACAAUCCCUGUCCCAUAGAUACAGGGUUUCAGCCGCCCAACACUGCGGGUCUGUUCUAAUGUAUUUUUGGUUCAUUAUGAACCAGAUAUUUUCAUUUUGAGUUCAAGUCAGGACUGCAGGCGGGUCAGCUGAGCAGCAGGACUCUUCUACUACAGAGCAAUGCUACUGUAAUCCCUGCAGAAUCUGGUUCACCGUUGUCCUGCGGAAACACACAAGAUCCUUUCUGAAGACAAGCCAGGCAAGGCAUAUUUAUUUUAACAGUUGAUUUAAGGUGUUUAGAAAAGUACAUUUUUAAAAAAUCAUUACAAGACAACAUUUUAAAGUUGUUCAAACGAGGUUUUAAAGAUAAGAGCAGCAAAAUCUAAAAAAUAACAUUAUAAUAACAGCGCAGUGUUGGUUUAAUCAAAACAGCUUGGCCAGUCCUCAACCAAAAGUACCCUUAAAGUUUAAAGACCCUCUCCAAUGAACAUAACGUUUGUCUUGUUUUCUUCAUGUUCAUAUUGCAUUUUUCUGAUACCACAGGACAUAUCAUGAGAAAAAUAAGUGUGAAAUUGCAUUUCUGAAUAUUUCUUUAUUCAAAUCACCGUGAACCUCUGGCAGACCCAAAGGGCAGGUCAGGUACAGUGAGAUUUCACAAAUCCAAGCUCUGCCCUGGAGCCCCGCUAUGCAGGCCAGACUUGGAGAAGUAGAGAGGAUGAUCGCCGAACAAGUGUGUGUGUUAGCGGAUUGAAAUGCUCAUAAGAAAGGUAAUUAUGAUAUUAGUUUUCAUCAUGCCCCUAAAGACAUUAGUGUCCGAGAGCUGAAUAGCGCCUAUGUUACCUGCUUCUUCUACUACACCAGCAAUGUUAGGCUGCAAGCUAGCGUGAAGAGGAGUGUGCAGAGCAGCGCUGUCUCCGCCCACGACUCAGCGGUGAAUUGCAAAUGAGCUACUGGAGCUCUGCAGAAAAAAAGCCCUUAAAAAUGACACAGGUAACGUGAUUUGGGCUUAAAACUUCAUAAUCACAGUUUAAAGACCAUUGAACACUUAAAGUAGUAAAAAUAAUGUUUGGAGUGGAACUUUGAUGAGCUAACUGGUUCCUGUUGUUGUCUCUGUUUCCACCAGGGGGCUAAAGUCCUGUAUGGAUAAUGAAAUGCAGGAACAAAUGACCUCUUGGACUUAAAUAAAUCAGACAUAUCCACCAUCUCCAAUAUUUCUUUAAACUAUCUCCCACUGUAAUAGAGACAUGUUGAUUUUCUUAUCAGGUUGAUUCAUUGUAGUAAUAUUUAAUUUGAAGCAGAGCCAGCAGACUGUGCGAGAUACUGUAUCUCAGAAGGUUUAUGGUACGGACUGGUAAAAUGUUUGCAGCAGUAUAAACAAGAGCCGUACAAACUCUCUCACAACAGCUCUGCUAUCUUUGCCUUUCCUGUCCUCCUGAUUCUUGAGAGGGUGCUGUUUACGUCCGCUCUGCAAAGUUGCAAAUUCAGCCAAAUUUAUGUUUCUAGCAGAAGGAGAAUCAGCAUUGCAAGAGAGAAACUCACCACAGACACCAAAAUAUAGGAAAGUCAGGCUUCAGCUUUCCAAACAGAGAGACCCCACCCUUCAGUCUGAGCAGCACUGGAUCCCCUCAACCUGGAAACUAGUUAGUGAUAAGGUCAUUUGAUACAGUUUGCAGUCUGUAUUGUUGUGUGUGAGAUGAAAACUAAGAAAGGUGAGUCAGGAUGGAUUCACCGCCGAGGUACCUGACACCUUCUACAGAAGUGAAGAAAACCACAGAGUCCUCUUCUUCUUAAUUACACACCCCAGUUUACUGUCUCAUGUGUGCUUCGUUUGUGGUCUGCUGUCUGCAUAAUCAGAAACAAAUCUGAGCAGCAGCACUGUAAAAGGUCAAAGUGAGGUCUGGUUUUGAAUGUCCUGAUGAGGAAACCUUUGUUGGAGCCGUCCUCGCUCACGCACACUCUUAAAACAAAAGCACACACACCCCUGUCCUCAUUUGGGACACAAUUGCAUGAGUGUAAUAAGGCCUUGGCCGGAACUCCAGCGGUCUGUUAUGCAAUCACAGAGCGCUGACUAUGAAAAACCAUCUGGUCCACUCAAGGCUCCUCUUUUGAACAGGAGUCCUCCCCGCCACACUGAGCAGAGGAAGACCUCUACUCGCUGUCCUGUGAGUCAUGGGAAAAAACUGAUAUCCCUCCUUGUGAUAUCUCGUCAUUGAGGGUCUUUGCAGGGUGUGGACCGACACCCUGGCAAAGAUGAAGUUAAAGUAACAGAUCCUCUUUUUCCUCCUCUGGCAGUAAACUCAGGUGGGAUCUGAACUAGCCUUUUUUUUUAACCUCAAUGACACACGCAUCCCCGCAAGCAACUGCUGACAGACCUACAAAGUAUAAAACUGCAGUUUGUGUCCAGCAGUUUUCGACAAGCUCUGCUGAAGCCACCAGACACCUCAUUGCUUGCAGCUGUUCCUAACUCACUUAGUUUUUUUUUUAUCAUACCCCGAGAUUGAACGCCAGCACUCCUUACAGGGCACUUUUGUAUUCAAAUUACUCUGAAAUUCCAUCAUCCUCUGCAGAUGAAGCCAGACAUUUGUUCUCUUGUCUGCUCCGGUAAAACUCUGACCCUCUGCUGCUUUAUGGACCCCUUUCACAGAGUUUUGUGCUCAUGUCUUUGGCCCUUCGCCAGAGAAAGCCUUCCUCACUGUGGGAAACGUGUAAAGAUGUAAUGGGGAGGUUGCCUGCGAGUCAGGCAGCGGUCUGCUCUGUAAAGUUCAGAGAAACCUCUGUGUGUGUGUGUGUGUGUGUGUGUGUGUGUGUGUGUGUGUGUGUGUGUGAGCGUGUCAAACCAAAACAUAUUGGAGAGUAUUAAACCUUGGACCAGAGCAGGGUUUUACAUCGCCAGCUCUGAUCACGGCACGCUGGAAGAGCGCUCAGCGGCCGUCAACUUUUCCUUCCUGCUCCUUGGGGUUGUGUAACAACAUUUUCUACCUUUAUUUGAUAAUUUGUGAAGAAAAAAAACUAAGAGGCUUGGAAAAUAUCAGUAUGGUUUUGGUUAAGGCUUUUGGAUACCAAAACAAGUUAGGGAUAGAAUAACUUGGCGGUGGCUGAUUAUUGGGUCCAUCAUUUCAAAUAUUGGCUGUUUAUUUUACAGACUGCUGAUAAAACUGAUUUAUGACAAAGUUGUGCAACUUUGGCUCCACUUCUGUUGUAGCUGGGUCAGAUUUCUUGCACCACGUAAAGUCCCGCCCACAGUCAGAUGCUUAUUGCAUGGUUACAUGAAAUAUUGCUUAAAAACGAUGCAUUAUUAGUGUUGCACUCUUAGAUUAUUGAAGUUUGAACUCCUGAAAAUGAUGUUAAAUGUUCCAGUUUCGAUUUUGAUGCGUCAUAAAGAAGAGGCACCAUGAAAUUCAGUCUAUUUUACAACCAGUAAGAACUCCUUACAGUGGCUUUGAAAUAAAACAAAAGGGUUAGGACUCACAUAUGCAUAUUUCAACAUAAAUAUGUAAUGCAGUCUGCUCAGGAAAGUCUGUUAGUGAUUUAAAAUCAGAGGAAACAUUGCUGAUUCUCUUGCUGGCUGCACAGCUGACCUAGUGUGUAUUAAACAAAUUAAAACUGUUUCCUCUUCACGGAAAGUGAGAACUAAUGGCAAUUAUGACUCUUUGCCAUCUUUCUGUCAAACCAAAGAUUAACAGAGCUGGGAGGGCUGUCCACUUCUGUUGAGUCCAUUUCCAGCACACACCUUCAUCCUGCCUCUCAGGACAGACUUCCUCUCCUCUCUCUCUCUCUUCUUUUACUGUACUCAGCUGUAUUGGACUUUUGCUGGAAGGCACAGACACAUUCUUCUGUCCUUCUGUGGCUGCAGUGUUUGGCUCUGGGGUGAGACUCAUCUAUUCCAAAAAUCCAGUCUGAGAUGUGCAACUCGAAGCACAUUGAGUCAGGAGAAAAUGAGAGAAAUAAUCAUCGAUAAAGGAGUUUGCAGAGCUGCUGCGUCUGAUGAAAUUACCGCGGACAAUGGAGCAGCAUCUGGCUUCACUUGUCCGAGGCUGCAGGAGACCAAAGAAUAAUUUUGUUUUUCUGUCUUUAUUAAGGUUUUAUUGGCGUCAGGCACAGGCUGUGAGCAUUAGGAAAUGUCACAUCCAUCUGUGAAUGCACACGUUUAGUCUCCUUCUAACGGUUUGUAACAUCAUAACAAUGUCAGAGGAUUGAGUCACAGUUCAUAUGCUUUUUAACUUAACUUUUUUAACUAGUUGUGAAAUUCCCAGUUCAAAUGUAGGUUUCUGGGUUAAGCUGAUAAACUGGACCGUUAUUGAUCAUUAAAACCAGCUGCAGCGUCUUUGGGCACAUUAGGCUCACCCUACCUCAGCUGAUUAACCCUGCUGUAUGAACAGAUGGACGAGGGCUACACGAUUUUGGCCAAAAAUAAAAUCCUGAUUUUUUUUCUCUGAAAACUCGACGAUAGAUUUUGAUCACAGGUUUUCAUUCAGUGACAAUUUUACCAAACUUCACUUUAAAAAUAAAAUGUUUUUCUAUCAUCUCUCAAAACCAAACCAAUGAAAAUGAUUUAGUGCAUAUGCCAAGCCAGUAAGUGGCGCUGUAGCGCUGAACAGGAAAUGCAUGAAGGGAAGGACAGAAGAAAACUAUGGAGCAUGCGUAUAAAGGUUGUUUUGGCCGGACAUGUGCAGGCGCCAUAUAAGAGUUACGCUGUGUGUGACAUAAUCAUUUCUAAAGAUGCAGAUAGGCGUCCACAUGGAGAUGAAAUGGUAGACAUUUAUGGAUUUAUGCACUCUCUGACCCAUUUUCAAAAAGUACUGUUAACAGUCACCUGAAACUUCAUUUCCGUGUGGGUGAAACACUGUACAACAAAAAACUUUUGCAUUUACUCCUGAAUUCAUUUCAAGACGGGGACGUGUGGACGGGUUGGUACCACCUUCAGACAGAGUUUGCAGUGCGGAGUGGUUUGCUCCUCAUCCAAAACUGCAAAGCCGUACCAAUUUCACACGACUGAACUGCCCUUGCCCUAUUUAGCCACAAAAUGAUCAUCUUCUUUUGCAAAUGCCAUGUUUGCUUACACUGGUCUGUGUGGAAACUGGGGAGCGCUCUUGCAGGAAGGGGGAGUCUAUGGUGGCCUGUAGGCACGAGACAUGAUAGAGAGGAAAAUCAGUUUCACGAUUUUAAUUUUUUUCAUUUUUGUCACAAUAAAAUAAUCUGAUUACGAUAUAAAAUCGAUUAAUCGUGCAGCCCUAAGAUGGACCAUCAUUUGGUUUUUAAACUCCUAAAAUCUCUAAGUGCUAACAAACCCUAAACCUUAGUAACUUUUUGGACCAGCUGCAGCUUUCGGCAGAGGACGCCUCUUUGCUGGUGUGGGCAUGUUUUGGAGCAGAAAAACAAACAAGGUCCUGGAAACUUGCCCAGGUUUGAUCCUUCCUCCUCGCCAUCAUGCAGGCACAUUAGCCUCAUGCUCUGCUUUACAUCUGUAUUCACCGGAGGAAACUUUUAAUCCUCAUGUUCACACUCUUGCUGCAGGCCUGAAACCACUCGCUGUGGGUCUCUUGAUGGUGUUUGUUUACACACUCAGAAGUUUCCUGCAUCAGCCUCUGGACGCCUGUGGUUAACUCGGGGCAGCUGGUGGCUAAUGACUUCACACUUGAGGGGACAGUCAUGUUCUUCCCUUCCUUUCACACGACUCUGCCAGCUCUGAGGGACUUGAUUGUAUAAAGAUUAAUAUGUUUUGUAAGCAGCUGGCAUGCUCAUUUGAGACCACAGGCCAUGAAGGUGACCAUUAAUUACUCUUUUGGGUUCAUUUGUUCCUGUCUAAUUGGCUUACCCUUUAAUUAAUGUAAGAUCGCUGUGGAUUGUUUUGUCAGGGUGCGUUCAUAGCAACGAUUAGACAAAGUGGCGGCCGAGCAGCUGUGCAGCAACAAUAAAUAAAAACGCCAUUGUUCUUGUGUAGAAUCGUAAAGUGUUUUAUUCGGGGUUAACCAGCCAUUUGCUGCUGAUAAGUGGUUCAUUUGUUUCGCAGCGAUUACAUUUGUCCUUGCUGUGGAAACUUAAAAAUCAAACCCUCCAGCUCGUUAUUAAGUGACUUUAUUGAAUUAUUUAGAAGGAAACAAAGUCAAGUUGCUGUGAGGCAAAAAGGAAAAUCAUUGAGCAGAUUUCACCCCCUACAGUGUCAACUCAAACGGUCUUUAAGCUCAGUGUGAUGAAGUUUCAAUUGAUAAAAUUAGGUUCACAUUUGACCACUGACUUGAUCUUUCUUCCUUUAACUGACAUGAAGUCCUCCUCUGAAGGGCUUUAUUUAGGUUCUGGAGGCUUUUUGGACCCAUGGAUCACGUGACAUGAUAACAAAACAUUCAAAAUGUGAUUUAUGGUGUUAUUUGGGGUCCUGCUGAUGAGUUUUUUUCCCAAAAGAUCAGACACAAAGAGGCAGAAAUAAACUUUAGAAAGGAGGCAGGAGUCAGGGGGGCAGAUUCAGGGUUUACCCCCCCCGAAAUUUAACGAUUUACUGAAAACUUGCAAUUCAGUCCAGCAUGACUUCUGUAAGUUCUUGAACAAAUAUUUUAUUUUAAGGGUUCACACUGGAUGUUACUUUUUCACCAACUAUUGUUUAUACUUAAUAUGACAUCUUUUUAACAAAUUCAAUUGUAGCAUGAUUACGUAAAAUGAAUGAAGUAAUUUUUUCCAGUCCAUGGAGCCCUCCUUUUUAUGACUGUACAAUUUUCAUUUUCUCCUCAUUUAUUGUCACUUUGAAAGACUCGACUGGGACUUCCUGCUGCUGCACUCUGAGCCUUGAUUUGGACUUGUAGAAAGCGACUCAUGUCCAUCUCUGUCCCUUUCAUUGGCUGUCAACUGCUCUAACUGUUUUCUCUUUCCUCAACAGGGACAAAAAGGUCACCCUGGUCCUUCUGGUCUGCCUGGUGAACCUGUAAGUACAUCAUGUGUUUUUGCAGUCUUUGACGUGUUUUACUAGAACUGCUGGACUUUAAUUUCUUGGCCCUCAUGAUCAUACAUAUAUGAUAAUUGAGACUGAACAGUUAUCAUGCUGCCUGCUGUGUUGCUUCCAUUGAAAGUAGCAUACCUUUACCGCCAUUUGUACCACGUGACACAAAGUUUGGGGAGGAGUUUAGCGAAGUUGUGUCUACUGCUAAGAUUAUUGAUUGAUUGCUGUAUCCUGAACAAGUUGUGCAACAGUGAUACAAACUAUCAGUAAGCUACAGGUGAAUAGAGGAGAGCAGGGAGAGGAGAGCAGAGAGAGGAGAGCGGAGAGAGGAGAGCAGGGAGAGGAGCAGGAGGCGAGAGUAGGCGCCUGAAAACCCAAGGGACAAGUGAGCACAAUAAGAGAGGAUGCGUACUCUGAGUUUAAUUUCUGGUUUGAGAUGGCAUUUAAACCACAAUGUUCUAGGUGUUGCACCAGCUGACGGAGUUGUAAGACUACGCUAAGUUACAACUUCCGUCUUCCAUGAAUACAGAUUGUCAGAGGAGUUUUUAAUUCCUGUUUUUUUUUUGUUGGUAGCAUGUUCUGUACAGUGGAUUGGGAUCAUAUGAAUCUGAAAUAUGCUCACUGGGGGCUAAUAGUUACUUGCUGGUGAGCCUUCCGGUACUUGUAUUUCCUUUACAACUCCUCCGCUUGUCAUUAUGAUUGAGGAAUGAGGAUUUGAACUUUUCUUCCCUCUGUGCAGAUCAGAAAGAAGAAAAGUCACUUUUGUGUAUUCUGCUUUAGAUUUGAGCGAUUUUUAAAAAGCCAACAGGUACCUCUGGGGCUGCAUGCAUCAUUGACACAUUUUUUUUUUAACUUGUUUUGAUAAACACUGUCUGAGUUUAGGGGUGAUACAGCUGCUAAUAUUGGUGCUCUAGACUCGUGAUGUCUCAGGUCUCCUUGAGUUGUUUUCAUGCUCACUAAAUCCACUACAUGCUGUCCCUCAGUCUGGUGGUUCCUCUGUGUUUUUGCUGUUUUUAAUGUUUGUUUGCUCAUAAAAAAGUCGAGCCAAGAAUCUGCAGACAAAGUUCCCAUCAGAGUCCAGCUUGUCUUUCCAUUUUAAGUUACAAAACAUGCCGAAAAGAGAAAAGAACGAAAGACUGACCAGGACGAUAAAAAAAUUAGGUGUGCAGAAAGAGUUAUAAAAGAAAGAUGAGACAUUGGAAGUUGGUCGAGCUGGAAACUUGGCGGGAAUAGAGCAGAAGAGUUUUUUUGGCAGAGGAACAACUGGGCUAAAUAGUUUGGACACCCCUAGGUCAUUCCUCCUCCUCCCCCUUCUCCUUUGCUCCCUCCUUCCUGAGCCCAAAUCCGGUGUACUAUCUUUGAGAAAAAUGUGCUGUGUCACAACGAUAAAAAAAGGCUCUCUGGAGAUGAGGCUCUCUGUUCUGCUGAAAACAACUCAAACAGAAAAAAGGUUCAACAAACAGACGAGUCAGUCAGGAUCCUUCAGUGAGGCGUUUUUUCUGUUAAUGAACUACAGCUGAUUAUUUCUAAUUUAAUGAGGAAAACUGGCGACACCUUGUGCCAGAAACACGUGCAUCUCAGUAAAUGAGGACGCUUUAAUCCCAGGACACCAGUUUUAAGACAGAAAGGUUUUGAUUAUUUUUGUUCUCCAGGAAAAAGUAGCAAUGAGUGAUUCUGAAACCUGCACUCAACGUGUGCCUGAAUCAACUCUGUUAAUUAAAACUCACCCUGUAUUUACUCAGACAUUUAUCUGACUUUUAAAGAUGUAAAAUUGCUUUGACUCAAGUUUCUUGUGUUUAGCCUCCAUUUAACACUUCAUAAAGAGCAAACGUAAACACAGCUCUUUGUUUACGCUUUUCAUCUUCUUCCCUGUAUUUAACGUGCACAUUUCUUCAUCUUGGCGCGCUACCGCCACCAACUGCCUGUCAGCAAAACAGCGUGGUUCGCAAACAGCAGAUAUUUGGAUAUUGACCCUUUGCAGUCUGCAAGAAUGUGUGCUACAUUGCCUGAGUGUGCUCAUACACCUGUCUGCUCUUAAGCUGCUGAAAAGCCAAAAAUUUAAACAAAACAUCCCCCCAGAAAGAAAUAAAAUAUUUCCAUUUUCACAAAAUUAGGUAAUAAAUAUUGUAAAGUCAGGGGGUGUUAUUGCAAUAGUGUCAGCACACUAUAACUUGUAUACAUAUAUAACAUAUAUACAGUAUAUAUGUCGGAUCUGACACUAUAACUGUCCUGUGGCAGUCUUUUAUUCAGCUACCCUAGAAAGAUAUAAACAAGUUUACACAGAGUAUUAAAUAAACUGAUUUCAUUAGUCUAAAAAUGAUUAAUUUAAACAGCCUUAAUAAGUAGUCCCUCUUUCUCCUUUCUUUGUGGUGAUGGUUCUUAUCAGCUUUUCCUGCAGAGCAAAUUAAUAUUUAAGUGAACAACUUCAUUGGGUUUGUUUUAAAUUCACACUGAGCUGAACUUUUUCACUUGUGAUCUCACCCCUGAUGUCAGACAGGAAAUAAUAAUGUUGACAUCUACAUCCUUAUUCAGCUCUCAGUUGACACACUAUCGAGCAACCAGGGCUGUCACAGCAUACCAACAAGGAGGUUAAAAGUCUUUGUAAAAUAAAAUAUCAAUGUCAUGCUAAAAAUAAGCAUUCAACAAACACUGUGAGGCCAUGGAAGGGGUCCUUAAUGCUGGUUAACAAACUGAAGAGGAAAAAGAAGGAGCAGCUGCUAGUGAGUGAGCUGUAGCAGCUCUCUGAGAGACUUAAAAAUCUGUCAUUCAAAGAUUUAUAGUGAAUCUAAAAACAAGGUUAGAGCUUCUGCGUCUUUGAGUUACUGAUCAAAUGAAAAUUUUAAAGCUGUAAUCAACCAAAUAAAUUCUUGGUUGACUAAAACCCUGAAAUUUUCCACCAAAAAUUUACUAACCCGGGGACGACACGGCUCGGCAGAGCGCUGCUUGGUGGAGCGCGGCUUGGCAGAGGGAAAAUAUACUGAUAUCAGCACAAGAAGGCAAUUAAACACAAAUAUUGUAUUCAGCAAACCAUCAGAUGUUGAUUAAUGUGGAUGCUCUUCAAUCUUCCUGUCUCCAGCCCAUCUCCAGUGGGUUAGACGAAUCCAAAUGGUGAAACAAGGGGGCUGUUCUGAAACAAGCUGUUACCUGUGAAAUGGGGGUGCUCUGAAAACACCCCCUUUAGCACUUGGUACGUUCCUUCUGAUAAAAUUGACCAUAGACUGUAAAUUGACACAGAAAAAAAUCGAGUCGACCAAUCAGAACUUUGGUUGACUCACAGCCCAAGAAAAUUUAUACUUUCUACUUAUUAAUUUUUUAUUCUACUAUUUUUCGAUCUACCAGGAGUUGUUUCUUUUGAUAUAAAAGCAAAGUUUCACACGCAACAUAAAUGCAAGUCAGAAAAUAUCAAAAUAAAAGCAUGAAAAACAAUCAUUUUAGGACACAAUAUUUUCUCCAAAGAAGUUUUCAUCACCCUGUAGGGGCGUUUAUGUUGAAGGUUAUAAGUUUGGCGAAUCUGAGGCUCAGCUUACUUGACUGACAGCUGAGAACCCUGUAGCUGAGUCAGCUUUUCUAACAUGGCAACAAUAGCUUUCAAAAACCCAUUUAGAUGUUACCAACACAAUAUCCAUUUAUUGUACGGCCUAUGAUUAUUUGAAAAUGACUGCACAAAGAAACGUCCCAAAAAUGAGCCUCUCUAUCUCCGUGAUGGUCAUCUGACGAGCGCUCAUUUUUUCCUGUCUCACUGAGUGAGUGGAUUUUAUGAUGCUGAGACCAGUUCUAAUGUGCAAAUGAAUCCAGUUUUAAUCAUGCAGAGUUAAACUGUUUUUUGGAGGGAUGUAUUUGGUUUAAUCCUACCUCUAGGAGAGAGUGACUUGUGUUAUAAUGUGUGCUGAUGAGGGUAAAUAUAUAACAGAAAAACUGUGCUCGUGGUAGUCCCAACAGCACGUGGCUGCACUGCAUUACAGCAGCUCUUACUGUAGGAUUAAUGGAAUAGUCAGGCGCCUCUUUUCUUGAGCAACACUGACGGGACGAAACAAAAGGUCUUUAUUGAGAAGCUGAGAUUUAAAUUCCUCCAUAGGAGCUACUGACUCUUGUUUAUUGCUUUAUAAAUAAAGAACUUGUUUUCACUUUUUAUUGCUGUCUGUCAGGUUCUCAUUGUAAUCACCGCGACUCUCAACAGAAACCAUAUGUGCAAACAGGAAGCCCUUUUUUUCCUACAGAUCACUCCUUCCCUCUGUCCAUCCUUCAGACCUUCUCUUCUUACUUCUCCCUUGCCCUCCUCUCCAGCUGAUUCCUCUCUCUCUCUCUCUCUCUCUCUCUCUCUCUCUCCACAGGGUGAACGGGGAGAUGAUGGAAGCACUGGGGCCAAAGGCUAUCCUGGCAGGCAGGUGCAGUAAAUCUAGUGUUGCGGUGCUGGUUGAGCAGGGCCACACACACACAUACACACACACAUUGACAUGGAGACACACACUCGCACAUAAAGAAGGAUAAAGCCAUAAAACAGGCUGGGAGAGGAUCUUUAUUGUGAAUGCAGCUCUUCUGGAAAUAAAGUGGUGAUUAUGGUCUUUAGAUAAAUCAAAGUUUGCGACGCUCACAGUAAGAAUCAGAGAGAGAUUACACAACAAACCCCAACUCCAGUGAAGCUGAGUCUUUGGAUUUGAAGUCUUUCCCAUUUUUGCUUGAUAGACCAUUUCUUUGUCUCAACAAACAGGGGUCUCGGUUGUGGUAUUUUGGACUUCUUAAUGAAGACUUCACAGAUGUGACAGUUAGCCAUUGGGAAUAACACCCCCCUCAGACCAUCAGAGAUGCUGGCUUUGACCUUUGACCUGAGAACAAUCUGGAUGGUCCUCGUCAGACCACAGCAGACUUUUUCACUUGGUGAUAGACUUUAAACUUGUAGAUGAAGAGACCAAUUGUGUCAACUGACUUUUCUGAGGUCCUCCUGAGCCCACAUGUCAAUAUAUUUUAGAAAAUGAUGUGGGUCUUUAAUACAGUGCUGCGUGAGAGGUCAAAGGUCACAGUGACUCACUGUUGGUUUUGGGUCUUGCUGCUUACACGCAGAGAUUUCCAAGUGGUGAACUUGGCCUCUUCCUUGUUUGUAAAGGACUGAAACUUUUGGGGACACUCCUUUUAUAGCCAAUCAUGAUGCUCACCUGUUUCCAAUGAGCCUUUUCACCUGUGGAAUGAUCCAAACAGAUUUUUUUGGAGCAGUCCUCAGUGAACCAUCUUUUUGGGAUGUGUUACAGGCACGUAACAAUCAAGUUUAUCCGUUUGAACAUAAAAUAUCUUGUGUCUUUGUCAUGUAUUCAGUUAAAUAUGGGUAAAAAGGUUUUGUAAGUUUUAUGCAAUGUCCAAACUUCAUUGGUUUGUAGAUCAUAUGUGAAUGCUUUGAGUGUUUUCUGUGGAAACUGUCAGCUGAGAAAAAUCUCAGCCAUUGGCGUCCCAAAAUUUAAUUCGGCAAAUCCAAAUAAAAUGUUUAUAGCGGCUGAAUGAAAGAGAAAAAGGUUCAGGAAGAGAGACAAACAGCUCCAAGCUGAGUUGAGGAACCUUAAGUUGGUUUCAGCGACAGAUGCCUGGGGUCUAGAGAGGAAAUAAAAUGUCAAAAGGUUUCCGUUGAGAGCGGCGCUCUGAAGAAAAAAAAGGUAAUAAAAGUGUGACUAAUGCCGCAGCUCCCCGGGUACAAAUAAGCCUCUCCUGUCCCUCUGAACUCUGACUGUCAGUCCGCUCCUCACUUCUAGGAAUAACUUUCAGCUCGAGUAGUCGAAGCUGCCGAGUUUUACGGUUUCUCUACAUUCAGAAUCUGUUUCUUCUUAAAUUUCAGCUCCUUCAACAGCUGGACGACGGCGCUUUCACUGUGCUUCCUGAAUGUUUAUGAUAACGUAGAGUUCAAAUGCAGGUCUCUCUGUUUGCAUCUGAGCUUAAGCGCACUUACUGUGUCUGAACUCUGAUCCCUUUAGACACUUAGCGGUGUGUGAUGGAUUAGGUUUGAGCUCCCCCUACCAUCUGUGGGCUGUGAAUCACCCAGGGCUGCAGGUUUAUGUCAAGACGUUGCACUUUGCUGAAGGGAGCUCUCCUGAGCUGAGAGCUGAUCUUUAUAGUUGCAGGGAGAGAUUUUCUGCACCGCUGGAUUUGCCGGUGGUGUCUCUGAGAAAUUGAUGUGAUGCUGCUGAACUAUUAAGGCUGCAAAAGAAAGGGAUGAGGGGCUUAUUAAAAUGUAAAGAAAGAUACCAAAACCUGGUGAAACAUUGGUGCUCAUCAUCACUCGGGGAUCUGGUUUGAUGCAUUCUAACAUUUCUUAUUGUUUCAUCUACUGAAAGCUCUGCUGCUGUUUAUUACCACAGAAAUAUAUGUUUUCCUGUGUCACAUUCAGGGUUUGCCCGGGCCUGUAGGGAAAACGGGGCCAAAAGGAAUCAGGGUGAGUAGAUGACAGCUUUGUAUAGAUUUGUUUUCUGAAAUGUGAAUUCUCAGAGGCAGUGCUCCUGAUCUCGAGUCAUAAAAAGAUCUCAUUUUAGAGUUGAUUUAUGUUUAUCUUGGGCUGUAAGGCCCAAAGACCAAAAUAAACAUCAGGCGGAAUUUCUUCUUGGCUUGUUUAUCCUGCUAGUCUUAAGAAAGUUGGCUUCCUUUAUUUAAAAAAAAAAAAAAAAUCAAUGAUGUCUAAAUGUUGAAAUCUUAUUAGUCUUUAAGAAAAUUUGAUGAGAUAGCAGUUGAAAUAACAACACAAGAAGUCAGAUGUGUGUAAAAUGAAGUGAAUCUUUGGGAAAAAAAUGUCUAGUUUGUGUGUUAAAAUGUUCUCAUUUUCAAUCAAAAGUGUUAGCUGUGACAUGAGAAGUACAGUUCAUGUAAAUGUAAGUGAUAUUUGUGAGACAAAAACUUAAUAUCAUAAGAUGAAAUGUCUAAACACUACAAAAAAGUAAUAAUGUGAGACCAAAGGUAUAAAUGAUGAGGAAUUGAGUUAUUGUAAAGAUUUUAGAAAAGUCAGAACUGACACAAAAGUCAAAUAAAGAUUUAGAGUUUUGAGCAAAAGUCAGUAUUGAGUUAAUUGGUUAAAGUAUAUGAUAAUAUUUCAGAAUUACAGAAAAUAAAUCAUAUCAGAUGAAAAGUUUAAAUUAAGAUGCCACUUUGAGAUAAAAAAAUCCAAACUAUUGGAUUAAAAGUCUGAAACCUUUAAAGAGUGAGUCAAAGUUCUCCGAUAAAAGGUCUCAAGAAGAAGAUAGUAAGUCAUUAUUGUGAGAAAAGUCAGAAUUGACACAAAUCAGUUAAAAUUAUGGGAUAAAAAGGAAGUAAGUACAACUUCAAAGGCUACACUAUGUGAUAAAAAAGUACAGUGUGAGAGUGCAUCAUAACUACAUGAUAUAUUGUCCUAAAAAAGAAAAGUAGAUUUAUUAUCUUCAAUUGAAAGGGUUGAAUUAUGAGCCAGUGAAUAAGUAUUGUGAGAUUAAACAGCAGAAGUUCAGCUAAGUCAAAACUAUUUUAAGAAGAUUCAUGGUUACAACAAGAACAAAGGUUAUCAACUUGAGUCAACAGAAUAAACUAUGAGAUGAAAAUUACAAUGGUGGAAAAGUUAUCCAUCAAUCUGAGAUAAAAAUAAUAAUAUAUGAUAAUAUAAGAUUAAAAAUGAUCAGAAAUCUGUCCUGGUUAUGAAAGAGUCAUUAUUACGAGUUAGUUCAUCCUGAUUUUGAGAUCAGAUUAAAACUUUAAGAUGAUAAAUCAUGAUGUUUGGAUAUCUUAGCCUCAUUGACAAAGGCUUCACUACCCUGCAAUUUUAAUCUUUUAUUCCAUUAUUUGUACACUUUACAAUGUAAUCAGGACGUUCCGUCAUAAUAUUUCAUAUUUAUCUAAUUGUUAAGUCCAUUUCAUGAUUCUGAGCUUUCUUCUCAGAAUAAUGACAUAGCUUUGAGAUUAUGUGGGUAGUUUGUUUUACUACUGUGAAAUGGGCUUCCAUAUUUAAUUUUAUAUUGUCUCUUUCCUGCUCUUUUUUUUAUUCCUUUCUCUCUCUGAAAUGAGCUUUAAAAUCUCCUCUAAAUGAAUAAACUAACCAGCAUGGGUACAUAAAAAAGCCCAGUAUCGUAAACACCACUCGUCUACUGUUGUUAACUCCAUGAUGGUAAUGACGGCUGUUUUUGUAGGUGUACUUAAAGUACUGCAGGAGUGAUGAACUCUGGCUUUCUUUACAGCUUUUCUUACUCAUGUUAGCCAAAUAUCAUAAAAGUAUACUGCUCUGCUCGAAGCGUAAUAAUGCAUUCAGACGUGAGCUUCUCACUAAACGUCAGUGUAAUUUACGUUUCUGCUGUUUGGCCACUUUUCUCUCCUCUCACACUCAGCAGGUUCGAAGGCAGGUCUCUCAGAGAUCCCUGAUGCGAGGGUAUGUGCCCUUGGACUACAUCGUGGAAGCCAGCACCAUGCAGUCCAUGGGCAUAUACACUUGCCUCAAGGCUUGACUCUUCAAGGGUGCAGCGAAAAACCUGCAGUGCUCUGACAGAUCAAAGCGUCACAGCUCAAGUCUUUGUGGAAGUUUUCAGACAUUUGACAUAAAAGUUCCUCUCAGUGUCCAUCAUGUCUGCUCAGCCUCUGCCAUCCACUUUCUUUUACUUACCUGCACCUUCAUUCUGUCCUCCAUUCAUCUCUCCAGGGUCACAUUGGCCUCCCUGGGCUUUUUGGCCGUCCUGGUCCUAAUGGCGAAAGAGUGAGUAUUUGUGGCUGGGAGAGUAAAAGCCCACUAGGCAUAGUUCCCCAGAGUUUCCAUUGCUACCCUUUGCUGCAUUGGAUCAAACUUUGGAUGCACGGACAAAUUAGCAAUUAAUGUGCUCUGCAUCGACGUCAGGAGCCGAUGUUUGCUUGUAUCCUGCAACAUCUUAGCUUUAUCUCCAUUGCAAGCUGUUGCACCUUCCUGCAUGUUCAGAGAAGUUUUUGCACAAGUAUUCCCGUGCUGCACAGAGGCCUUUUAAGGUGGAAACUUUAAACAAUAUCUGAGAAAAAGCAGCAGCACAGAGUUUGAAAAACAUCUUUCAAUUUAAUGCAAAUUAAGCGAGACCAUAAAGGAUACAUCAUCAAACAUUAAAACUCAUUAAAAAUGAGACAGAAGUUAUUCAAAUUCAUUGACAUUGCUUAUCUGCACUGGCUAAACUGGUAAUUUAAACAUCAGGAACAGUGUUGGCUCUAUGUUUCUCUAUUUGUGCAUCUUAAGAUGAAACCUGCACCCCACUGUCAGGCUUCAAAAUCUCAGGCAGAUUCAUAUUUAAAGCUCCUCUGAGAAAUUUUAAGCUUGUGUUGAAUUUGGCGCCCCCCUGUAGACAAAUCAGUCUUAGCUUGUCUUAUCCUAAUUCUGGCUUUUGUCAGUCAAACUCGUCAUUUAUUGUGAGUAUUUUGUGUAGAAUAUACUGACACAGGACUGACACCCACCCUCUUGCACGUGUUUCAGGCAUUAAAAAUGACAAUAUAGAAAUGGUCAGUCUUGUAACUGAUAGUCUUGUUUGCAUUUGGACGUAAUAAAAAGGCAUCGGUAUGAAUUACAUAUAAUUUUGUAAAUACCAAAAAAACUCCACGGUGCCACAGAAUGUCCAAAUGGAGCAUUUUGACAUCUGUUUGUGUUACACUAGCUAAGCAGCACUUUGGCGUCAUUGGUCAUCCAACACAUCAGUCAAUCCAAACUUGGUUCAAACGUUUUCAACUUGUCAACACGGGAUAAAUCAAAUGAACUUGUUAUCUGAGGCCAACAAUGACUGACAACCUUUUCUGUCAUGACAGGGUAGAUUUGAAACUAAUGACCUAAUUCUUUCAGCCUCAGCUGUGAAGGAUUAGUACUUACAUGGCGUGCCACCAAGCUAUCAUGGGCUGAACUGGCACAUUAGGAAGCUUUUCAGAUAUUGAGCCCAAGAGCAGUUUAGCUUGAGGAUAACUGAGGCUGAGAUCUUCCAGUGUACUCUCAUAAAAGUUGAGCCACACUGUGGAAACCACUUUAUUAAACUUCUUUCAUUACCUUUCUUUACCCUUAGAUCAUUUGAUGUGAACUUCAUCAACAUCUGUCUAGAUUUCCACAACCCUUAAACCUUCUAGAAAGUUCAGAUACUGUGUACAAUGUUCAUAAAAACUGAAUCUGAUGGUGUUUUAUCGUUUUAUGUAAAACAUAUCCUCAUUUCAAAUUUGAUUCCAGCAACAUGUUUGAGAAAAGUUGGGGCAGGGGCAUGUUUCCCAUCGUGUUGCAACACCUCCUCUUUUUUUAACAACACAGUAUAAACAUUUGGGAACCAAGGAGACCAGUUUCUGGAGUUUACAAAGUCAAAUGUCCCACUUUUGCCUGAUAUAAGAUUUCCGCUGCUCAACAGUCCAGGUCUGCCUCACUGUAGUUUUUUUUGUUUCUUGAUGCACCAAAAGUUUUCAAUAGAUGACAAGUGAGGAGUGCAAACAGGCCAGUUCAGCACCAGGACUCUUCUACUACAGAGCCAUGCAGCUGUAAUGCAGCUGGCACUUUAGCCUCCUCAAACCAUCAUGGAUUUUGGCUUUUGAACUGUGUGCUGAUGAUAAGCCAGGUGGCCAGGUGGAUAUUUUGUACUUUAGGUGACAAGAUCAUCAUCUCUGCAAAUUGAACCAUUUGCUCCCGCAGUCUGGAUCUUAUCUUUACUCCUGAGAGUCUCAGCCUCUCUGGAGCAUCUUUUUUAAUAUCUAGUAAUGUUACUUACUGGGUUUUUAAAGCAUUACAUAGCUUUUUCAGUGUUUUGUGAACGCUGUAUCAACUGUUCUAAAAACCUGUUGCUGGCAUCAAAUGUAAAAUUUGCAGAUGUUUUUAUACCAGAACGUCAGCAUUUUACAUGUUGUCUUUGCACUAUUUUUGAUUUUUUAAAACUUUUUAAUCUGAUAAAGGGUUUUGGGGAUAUUCAUAUCAUCAAAGUUUGAUCAAUAGUUUACACAGUUAAAUUUUUUUAACUAGGGUUGUACAUUUUUUAAAACACUAAAUGCCUUUUUGUCCAAAAGAGCCUAAAAAUUGAUUUAUUUUCAUGUUUAAUCCUAUUUUGAUAUGAUAUAAAUGCUUCUUAAAGCUGCUGUGAGUAACUUUUAGUUUGUGUUGAUUUUGGCGGCCCCUGUGAACAAAGCAGUCUUGGUUAUCUCAACAUCUACAUGCUGAAGUAGUACCUAUUGUGGAAUAAUCUCAUUAUUCUAACUUUUGACUGUCAAUGAGAUUUUUCCUGUGAUUAUUUUGGGUGAAAAUUGCAGAAAUGGGGCUGUUCAGCUCCUCAGCUGACGCCUACCCUUUCGCUUUAAUUUCAGACAUUAAAAAUCACUUAAAAAAUCAUUAAAAAAAGAUUCAUCAGUCUUGUUGCUGAUGUUCUUGUUUUCUUGCAUAUAUCCUUAAUUGCCAUCACUAUGAAUUUCAGUCUAUUUCCAAAAAGUCAAUAAUGUCCACUCAUCUGUCAUUAACUAACUCUAUCCAUAACUUGUUUUCUGUUGUGUUAGGCGCACCAUUACCAAGCUCGACUCAAACUGUUUUAAUGUGUUUCUUUAUAAUUUUACCUUUAAUCUCUUCAUUUCUUCUUCUCAUCUUUGUUUUUUCCAUCUGUUUCUAGGGAAUCCCUGGCGUUCAUGGCAAGAAGGGCAAGAUGGGUAGGCCGGUAAAGUUUUCUCUCAACAUACUUCUCAGAGAACAUUUUUAAUACUGCUCCCAGAAAGUGAGGAUGUUGUUUACUUGAUUUAUGUGCUCGUACUGUAGUGCAGAGCUGCUUUAAAGAGUAUUAUAAGACCAUUACUCUGACAGAGUCCCGGCCUCAGACAUAAAUCUGUGUAUAAAAACUGUUGUAGCUCCCACUCUUGCACAGUGGUGCUUGGAAUUACUAUAGGGGAGGCAGUAAGGGAAGAAAUGUGCACCCUAAAUGGUGUUAGUGGAUGUAUUGUAGACACAAAAGUUAAGGUGUCAGCAGACUACUUAGGAUCCUCGGUCAGCGGUUAAAGCCUGUGACUCCUCCUUGAUGAAUCGAGCAUGAUUAAUUUACUCUGGCUGGUGCUGAUUAGCAAACGUUGUGUAUUAAACACAGAGCUUAUUACAUGGCUUGUUCGACAUUAGGCUGAUAUGAUAAUAUGAUGUGUCAGUUGUGGCUUUGGCUCUCCGCAGACAUAACCCACAGAUCAGCAAAGUCUACCGUCAUUGGCGCCUGGAAGUGAAUUUCCCAUCAUCCAUGGCUUACAUGGAAAAUACUAAAAGUGCACGUAACAGCCUGGCUAAAUCUGAUAUUUUCCCAGGCCUGCUGUGGUUGAACAUGAUUUUUUUUAUUAGUAUUAUGCAGUAACGGUCAAUGACAAACACUCAGGCCAAGAAAACUGCUCGUACAGGCAAGUCAUGAUGAUGACAAGCUAUUUCUCUUCCUCUGUGGUGGAAAGUGAGGUCAGUCACUUUACACAGCAAGUUUUAUUCAUGUCCUGAGUCAGCAGCAGAAUGAGGUUGAACUAGAUGUGGAAAAACACAAGAGAAGGACUUGGCAUCUUAGAUAUUACAGAGAUUCAAACCAAGUAAAGUCUCUGAGUGGAAAACAGCCUCAUCCAUUAAAGAUUCUGAUUUUUUGCACAUUAAAAGUCAUCAACAGCCUCUUUCCUCCAAAAUUAGGCAUGGAGCAGUUACCAGUUUCAGGGUGUAAGGUUUGAAAAAGUCCCUGCCUGGCUCCGCCCCUGUUUGUUUGCAGCUCCAGUCAUUAGCCUGCUUUUCCAUCAACCAAUCACAAACUAGAGGGUUGGGAUUGAUCAUUUUGGCUACCAGGAAAAACAGGUCGUUAUCAGUUGACCGUCAUGGAGACAGAAGCUUAUUUUCCAGACACUAACUCUUAAUUAACCACUGAUAGUGGGAACCAUGUCAUCUUUGAAAGAAACCAGACUGUAAACAGGUCUAUUUUUGCUCUAAAAUUGGCUUUUUUGCAUGAGUGUGUAUGUGGUUCUCAGUGCUUCUGCAGACAGCCUCAAGUGGACACUUACAGAAAUGCGUUUUUUACCAAUUACACUCCAACUUUAUUUCGUAAGAAGUUUUUGCUUGGAAAUAACAGAAUGUAUGUUGAGAUUAUUCAUAACAAUGUGAAUAUUUUGUUAUAUGAUUUUGUGCAGGGCUGUAGAUCACAGUGGAAAAGACAGAUCACCAACUCUGCUUAACUUGCGGUCAAUAGGAGAAAAAGAUUCCCAUGUGUUUCUGAUCAGACUGAGUCAGUUAUGGACGUUUUUUGGAAAUAGGAACAUUUUUCCACAUUGAUCCUCAUGUUGCACCAAUUACUGCUUAUUACUUUACCCACAAAUAAAUGCCCAAUGUUGGAGUUCAGCAGUCUGCCAAACAAACAUUCGUAAUUCCGGCCUUCCUUUAAAGCCUGAUUCCUUAUUUGGCUCCUUCUCUGUCUGUCUAUUGUCAGAUAAUGAGAUAUCUCUCCUGUCUUCUGCUCUUCAUCAUCUGUCCGGCUGCAGUGUUGGCCUCCUGUAAGCUUUGAAUGCUGGAUUGGAUGUUGACCCUGGCUCAUUGACAAGCACACGUUGAGCGUGUGGCCUCGUGGCUGCAUCGCGCCUCUUGUUCUGUCUCCAUAAUGGAAUUACGAGCGUGAAGCAAAAAAAAGCACUUAGUCAGCAGUUCCUGAGCCAAGCAGCUUUAUUCAGCCAUUUAGGCGAGUCCUGGGGGUUUGGUUCGCGGGCUGCCGAGCGCUCCCUGCCAGCGCGUGCACGCACAGACGCUCGGUCGCUCGGAAACACUCAGCUGUGGAAUUUCCUGCCAGUCUCCCAGGAAUGGAGCUCUGGGAGCACAUUUGAUGGGAUUUGCUGAGAUUUACCCUGCAAACUUCUGUUUUGGGAAACACUUUUGGGGGUCUGAGGAUGUAGGGUGUUGUACACUUGACAGAUUUUAGGGGCUCUUGAGGAAAAUCCGUAAUGUAGGUUCAUAAAUGAAAUCGAUUUGGCUUUAUUUCUCCCUCUGUGUUUCAUAAAUCAUGUGAUAUAUCAACAGAUUCAGCACAGAAAAGGUUUUUCUCAUACUGUGAACAUUAGAAAGACACUCACUCCCACUCAGGUAAAAUAACAACCCUGUUUCUCUGUGUGUUCAGGGGUUUCCUGGUGACUUCGGGGAGAGGGGACCUCCUGGCCCUGAUGGGAACCCAGUAAGUGACAUUCAGUAUUAAAAGCACUCUUACAACUGAGUGAAUGUUUACUCCUUCACAGCCAAAAGCCUUUAGUCUUGAUUACAACAUGACAACUGAGUGAGAUUUCACCAGGUGGAGCUCUUAAUGUGUCACAUUUUAUUCAAAAAGUUGUAAAGCGUGCUUUACAAGAACCAUAAAAUACACUUAUAAAUGCAGAUAGAUGUCCCAUAACAAGCACAAGUCCUCUUAGAAGUGACAGAUCUGCAGAACCAAGUGUGUUAGCUAACUUUUGAAAAUGUCCCUGUGGGCACGAAAAACUGAAUGCAACUAAAUACAAAGAUAAAAGUUUAAAAAAAGCUGCAUUAUGAAUUGAGGUAAAAAACUUAAACACAAAAUAAAUCCUGCAACAUUGCUGCACUUUUUUAGUCUCUAUCCAGUCACAGCUGUUCAUUAUUUAUAUAUUUGAUAGAAGAAACUCAAUAACAAGCUGACUCUAAAGCUCCAAUAAGGAGUUUUCAGCUGGUUCUACAAGAGAUUGAAUUAAAGCUCCAGUGAGGAGUUUUUUAAUGUUUAUGAAAUAAACUCAAAUUUAAAUUAUUACCUUUUAAUGAAAUUCAGAAGCAAACGAGAUCAUCGGUGGCGUGUCUGAAGAGUGUUAUAUUCUAAAUUUUGAGUGGCUGAAACUGGUGCAAGGGGGUAGGUGUCAGCUGAGCAACUGAAGAAACAGCCCAUGAAAUAUUCACAAUAAUGGAUGCAUUUGGCUGGCAAAUGUCAGCAGGAUUAGAAGAGUCAGAAAAUGACUCCUCAAGCAUGCAGAAGACGAGAAAAGCAAAGACUGCUUUGACCACAGGAGGGUGCCAAAUUUAACACAAACUGAAAGUUCCUCAGAUGAGCUUUAGUCCUUGUGAUGACUUUUUUGACCCUUAAUUAUAAACAAGUUUUUAACAACAGAACAAAUCAUUAAUAAAUAGAUUUACAGACAUGGAAAAACUACAACCCACUUCUGCACACACAAAACAAAAUCAAAUAGUCAUCAAAAGAACACAGUAAUUACCUUUCACCUGUUCCUGAAGUGGUCAAGGGGACUGUGACCACACUGUGAUGUGUCUUUGCUUGGAGAGGGGGUCGUCAUGGCAUGUGGCUGCAGGGCAGAUCAUUCAGAAAACAAGACUCUCUCAGUGUUUUGUGCCAGAUUCUCACUCACCAUGCCCAAAUGAGUGGUGAGGCGCAUUACUCAGGCGAUUAGUGGAGGAAAACACUGUAAACAAACAAAAUAAUGAGGCCUACUGUUUGCUUUUCUGCAACUCUCUCUGAAUGCAACUUGUGUUUAUUAUUCUUCCUCUUUUAUUCGUUCUCUCAGGGUGAACUGGGAGCUCCUGGCCCGUGUGGAGUCCCUGGUCUUAUUGUGAGUGUUGUAUCUGUCUCCGUCUACCUCCUUAAGUCUCUCUUUGUGUGUUUUUUUUUCCCUCCAGCUCAAGACAAAUGUUUUAAAAGUACUUUAUGAAAGAAAGUAUGAACCCUCUCUGGCUAUUCAAAGCCUCUCUUUCACAUUUUUCUGUUGAGACUUUGAGCUCGGAAAGUUUUGUUGAGUAUCAUGAGCUAACUUCAGUACUUUUUCCUCACAGACUAAAAUGUGUCAGAAGCACUGAGUAUCAGAAACUCUGAGGAGCCUGAGGCUGCCGUUUCAUGUCAAGUCUUCUUAGUUUUUAUUUUAUUCUGUUCUUCAUUUGCAUCUAAAUGUUGUCAGUUUCUAAGUAUAUGUUUGGAAAAAAGACUAAAUUUGACAUUUAAAAAAAAAACUCAGCUCUUUAUUCAGAAUAUAAAACUGUAUAUUUCUUUAAGUAAGCUGUUUAAGAUGACGGUAACAGAAGCAUGCAGGUGUGCCUGGGUAAUCUGUUCUGCUUAUAAGGAAUAAAAGAAACUUUUCUUUUUCUUAGUGCUAUUAAGCGUGUGUGGUUUGAUUUGCAGGGGGACAUGGGCCCUGUUGGCAUCAUGGGCUUACCGGGGCCACCAGGAUUCAAGGUAAAUCACGUGACUCUGUCUUGGUUUGAUAAGAAAACAAUAUCCUACAAUGUAAACUUAAAGUAUGUCCAUGUCUUAUGCAGUCUAUUAACGUGACCAGAAUGUCUCCGAAUAGAUGUUCCCAGACAAGCCAUCAAUAUUCAGACUUAUUUUAUUGAGCACGUAAACAUGCAUGUAAACUUUCCCUUCUCUCUUCCCAACUUUUGUUUCCAAGGGAGUUCCAGGAAACCAAGGGGAACCAGGACUGAAAGGUGAUAAGGUGAUCUGCAUAUGUCUUUACCAGACUACUAAUCUUACCCACAGUGAAAAAAACAGCCUAACUGCAAGAAUCAGGAGCUGUGGCCUGUUGCACCUGCUCUGUUGGAGUUGUGACUCAAAUUAGGAUGUUACGUCCACGUAAACCGUUUGUUCAAACUUGUUUGCUUGUAACUCAGGUUGUUUUAUUGCUUGGUUUCAUUGUGCAGAUUCAUCUUUACUUGUAAGACAUCCAAAAUCUUCCACAUAUCAUCACAGAAAUGAUGUUUUCACUCUGUUUAGUCAGUCGUGGCAGGGUAUUAGCUGCAGUGCUGACUCUCAUGCCUGAUUGCCUCGGGCUCAAGUCUGCCACUUUUUCAAGAAAUCAAGUUUGAAUGAAGAUCAAACAUGACACGCUGAUGUCCAAAUGUAUUCCUUCUCCACUGCUGCCCCUCAGAUUCUUCACAUUGGCUGUAUAUCACUUCAUUUCAUGGUUUUAUUAGCAGCAGUACAACACAACAAAAAUGCCAACCCAAUAAGUGGACUCAUUCACAGAGAGUCCUUUGUCUUUUAUCUUGCUAACUUUGGUGAAAAAAACAAAAUACUCCCAUGAGGUGCUGCUCAGAUGUCUUGAUGUCUUUGCUGUCCACUCAUGAUGGCUUCAUUUGCAGCACAUGUCCACAGUUAUUGUAGACAUAUAGGGCUCUAUUUUCGUGCGCGCCGGUGAGGCGGCGGAGGGCGGCGAGCCCCGCGCAGUUGUAUUUUGGUCUGGCGGAGCCCAGCGUAAGGCCAAUUUGGUAUUUUCGUGGCAUGAGCCGCACGGAGGCGAGCCGAGAUCCGCCAAGCUGGGCGUGGUGGUGUGGCAGGGGGAGGUGUCGACAGAAUCAGCAGGCGCAGUGACAUUUUCGUGCUCGCCACCGGCGUGUAAAGUGCGCUGAAAGCUCGCCGAUUCAAACCUGAUCAGCUUUCAGCGCAAGGCGGAACGCAGCUGGUCUAGUAGUAUUUUGGUAGACCGGCGGCGUAUCGACAUACGUCACUGAUGCCUCACCGGCAGGUUUCCACAGUGUCAGGCAGAUUUCAGUGCAAUAAAUAAUCAUCAUCAACUAUUAAUCUGAGUCAGCACAUACAUUUAGAUCCAUAUCGAUAUAUUCUGAUCUAUAUCUGAUCUGAUGAGCGCGUUUGGCACGCGUUUGGACACACAACCUGACCGAAUCAACACAGCUGAAACCGCAUCAAAUUAAAUUAAAUAUCUAGUAAAUAAACACACAUGAUGAAGUUAACAAGAUAUGUAAUUCGUCUCCCUCCUUUUCUUUCUUCCUCUUCCUCUUAUUUCUCGCACAGCUUGACCUGGACACGUCUCCGUGCCCUCUGUCCGUCUUGCUGCUGCUGCAGCUGAACAGAUGAUUUGUUUCAGUGCUCAGAUGCGUUAUCUACUUUAAGCCGACAUACGGAUAUUAUCAUAUUCAGUUUUGUGAGCCAAAUUAAUUUUAUAUGCCAACAUCUAUGAAAGAAAGAGCCAGGCCACGGAGCGCGAUGCGUCAUUUACGCACAGAUGGUUCCGAUUUUUAUGCCAUUUUUGGAGUUUAUGUUGUGAUCUGUGCGCUCAACCGAACUUUGUCACGUGAGGUUUGAAUAUGAGCAACUUUAUGUGAGUGUCUUUAUUUGUGGAAAAGGGUGUUUGUCUUACCACUGGGUCCAACAUUACGCACACUAAAUCCAUCUGUGCUCAUAUGAGAGAGUGUGGAGGACACUUGUUGAGGAGCUGCCCUCUGUCGCCAUCUUGUGGCAUUACUGUCUUAAGACAUCUCUUGAUCUCCUUGACUACUUCAUGAAAAUAGUAAUACACCUCGCCUGUGGCGGAUUUAAAGGCAAGGAGAGGAGCUUAUUUGAUUGGUGAAAACAGGUCUCGGCUGUGUUAAACCCACUAACCGCCCUUUCUCCUCCCCGUCUACGACUUAUGGUGCUGGGAGGAGCUGAGUUAGGGAGGGGGGAUACUUACGCCGGGCUGCGCGGCUCACCAAAAUACCAAAAUGUGCUUGGGAACGCCUUGUCAGCGCGGCGGAUCUGACUGACGCUGCGCUUGCGGCAGAUCUCCGGCGAGGCACCAAAAUAGAGCCCUCAGUGUGUUAAUUCCCUGAGGUCAAGAGUGCUAUUCAAUGGUCAGGUAGCAGUGAAGGUGUCCUCUGCUAGAUUGAACUCCCAGCUACUCCAGAUGCCCUAAAAACUGAAUAUUUGAACAAACUUUUGAACAUAUACUUAAACUCUAGAUAAAAAGUGAUAGCCCUGAUCAAACUGCCUGAACAUGUAUGAUCCCAGCCAGAAUUUUAAGGUGGUACUCAGAGUUCUUGUAGGAUUGAAGUCUUAUCCUUAUGUACGCUGCGGUACACUGUAACCUUUAUCCCACAUUGGAAAUGACAUCCUAACUUGGCUACAUUUAAACUUCUGCACAGCUGGUGCAACCCAGAGCAGGAAAUAACAAAGUCGAGCCUUCUUAUUGUCAGAAAACGAACAAAGCUACAGAUGCAUACCUUGUGUCACCACGCACUGCUGUGAGUCAUUUUUCUUCUAUAAGUUUUGCAAACAUUUUGAUUAUUUUUCAUGUCUCUUUCUUUGUGUUGUCUCAGGGGGAUGUUGGCUUACCGGGAGAGCCAGGGCCGUGUGGGUUCCAAGGUGAUAAGGUAGGUGUAUGUUUGUUUGUAUGUCUACCCAUGAAUAACAAGAUGGAUUAUUUGAUGCAUAGCUUUUUCUCUCUGCAUGUCAAAGUGCCAGCAAGAAAAUCACUGAACUCCAGAUUGCCUGUGGUGAUAGAAAAGGGUCUUUCAGUACAUCUCUGCCAACAUCUGUGUGUCUGUGUGCACAGACUAUGAUGACAAGGCCUUCAUUCUGUUAACUGAAAGAAACAAAUUACAGUCUUUUUACUACUUCAGCUUGUUCAUGCAUGGUUUUUCUGUUUUUGUAUUUAUUUUUUAUUUUUAUUUUUUACAAUCAAUCUUCAUCUUUGUCCUGCUGAUUUGAUAAUUACUAAAGUGGUGUUGUGUUUCAGGGUGUCCGUGGCUCACCUGGGCUGCCUGGUCCAUGUGGAAAACCUGGUCUGCAGGUAUUUUUGACUUGACUCAUAUGAAAACAAACAAAACACUGGUUAAAAAACAAGAAAAACAAAACAAGAAAUGCAUCCAUUGACGACACACACACAGGCUUUCUGCUCAAGCAUGCAGGUAUAUCCUAUCGUUACUGCAACAUGACUGACUCUGAAUGCAGGUAACACCCAAGAGGAGCUCACGGAAGCAUCUGGUUUGACCUGUGCAUGGUUGGCAUCUUUUUAAUUUUAUUGCAAGCUAAUCUGUGAUCAGUAACGGCACCCUUUACCUCUGGUUUUCCUUUUGCAUGUAUGUUCCUCUUCUGUGAAACACUGUUGAGAUUUUCCUGAGUGAUUCAUAAAUGGAUAGAUAAAAUGCUGUCAACCCAAAAGGGCACAGGGUAGGCUGAGUGUGCACUGUAUUUGUUGUGAGCUAUUUCUCCAUUUUUCCUCUUGGCUGACUCCGAAUUGAAUUGAAUUGAAUUGUUUUCUGAAUGCAUGGCGGUGCGCUGGAAGUAUGAAGUAAGCCCUGGGAUGCUCUAAGGGAAAAACAUGCGGGUGCUCUUUGGGAAAAAUGGAUGGAAACCUUUAAAUGUACACAAAAGUAAACAUCAGGCACUCAUACAUGUAGGAAAAUGUCAGUCAUAUAUGCUAAUCAAGCUCUGGCAUAAACAGCCUCCUUUAAAUUAUCCCAGUGCAGAAGCUGCGUCAGCUUGCAGACUGAUCUACUAAAGUUGGCACUCGGACCGUCUGAGUUGUCCCAAAUAUUUUCAGCGCCCCAUGAUCUGAUUUGAGAUUGUUUCUGGAAGUGGCUACUCUCUAUUUUUGCUUGACCUGCUACAUGAUUUGGCAGCUUCUCUGACAGGCCUGACUCUUUCCCCAGACAGACUCUUACCUCAGAUACAGCAGCUGACUUACUUUUCAGGCUGAAACAGAGCAAAGCCGCACAGCUUACUGUAUUUUGUGAUGUGUAUUCCAGCUAUAACAACUAUCAGGCCUUAACCUAGAUGCACCAUCAAAAAAACACUGAGGCCUUGUCCACAUUUAGCUGGGUGUUUGCUAAAACAAAUAUAUUUUUUUUACGUUUUGGCCUGCCAUCCACAUGAAACUGCAUGAAUAUGUCAUUAAAAAGUGUGCUUUGAGAAAACUCCAGCUAAAGUUAAGAUUUUGGAAAACUCCGGUCUGCGUUUGUGUGUGGACAUUAGAUAACCAGAGUUUUAAAUUUCAAAACGCCAUUGUCCUUGACAACUAAUAGAUAAACGUCAUAUACUAUGCGCCCUUGUUUAGGUCAGGCAGUGGACGGCACAGGUAUAUGCAGAAUAUACAUUUUUGUGAGGAGCAAAGGAGAAGGAGUGCUUUGCAGUUGUUUAUUCUACACUAAAUAACCUUCCUCCACUCUUCUUGUGUCUUGUUGACGUUAUACUCCUAAAUGCUGCUUAAAAGCAAUUCCACCUUUUUGUCGGUCCACACGAGCGAACUACACGGCACCAUGUUUCAUGUUUGGAGAAGUGACAACUAGAAAGAGAAGCUUGCUCUGAUUGGAUAAAAUGGGUCUAACUUUUCAGCAAAUACUACUAACUCCAGUUCUGGCAUACUUAUAACCGCGGUCGAUGGUACAUUUAUGCAGUUUUGUGUGGAUGAAACACCAGCGCCAUAACUUAAAUUUGUGUGCAUGCAGCUAAAAGUCUUUUGUUUACACUGUUGUUUGAAUGUUUAUUUCCCCUGUUACCCACCAUGGUUUAAAAUCCUCUAGAUUUCCUCCUGAUCAACCAGUGGGACACUAAAAACCUGUUGACUGAAAUCACUUAAAGCAGCAUGCACCAUCCCCUUCAUUCUGUUUAAUAACACAUAUACCAAUAGAUCAGUCGACUUAGGUUUGGACCUUAGAGACACCUGUACUUCUUUCUUUUUCUGGUGGCUAUUUGCCCGCUCCACCAAAAAUCCUCCUGUACUGCAUGAAGUCACUUAAACAACAGAGAAACAAAGAGAGUCCCAAAUAAAGGUCACAGCAACAAGCUCAUUCAUAAAAGGUUUAACAACAGCUGAAGCUACAGAUGCUUUUAACCUACAGGGUGCAGAGUAAGUGCAUAUUUUAUCAGUCAUAGAUGACAAUUACAGACAGAUAAAAAUAAAAAGAAGAAAGUGAAAAAAUGGUUGGCAAUGUACUUGGAGGACUUAAUAAACUUGGGCGUCAUAGUUAUACUUGGGUAGCAUAGAUAUACUUGGGUGACAUAGAUAUACCUAAGCAGACAUAGUUAGGCAGCAUAGACAAACUUGAGCGGCAUAAAUAAAUUUGAGCAGCAUAGAUAUACUCAGGCGGCAUAGACGUACUUGGUUGGCAUAGAUAUACUUAGACAGCAUAGAUAUACUAAGGGGGCAUAGAUGUAUUUGGGCGAUAUAAAUGUAUGCAGGCAGUAUAAAUAUACUUUGGCAGACUUGGUUGGAUUGGACAAACAAAUAAAGGUUUAAUGCUGAAACACCCCAAAUCUUUUAGGGUCUGUCAUAUUAAUGCUGUGACUUUAAAAAGCAUUAUAAUGGUUAAAACGGAAAGAACAAGACAAUUUUCCUUUAUGUUUUUUAUGAUAACCUGUAUCCAUAUCCAAAGAACAUCUUCAAAUAAUCCACCAUCAGUCACAGGGAUUAAGUCCAAACACUGUGUUGUUUUGUGGAAGUACUCUAAUUUAAAGGUGUCUGUAAUGACAGUGGCAUUAUUUCUGACACUUUUCAGGGUAAACCUGGUGAAAAGGGCCCUGUUGGUCCACCUGGUCCCCCUGGCCCCGAGGUACGACAGCUUCUGUUCACUAAAUAGUCUUUAAGAUGCGUUACUCGCAUGAUGUUAAAGCAUUCAUGACAAUUACAGUGCUGUGUGUAUGAAAUACUUUGAAGUUUGUGAACAAAUCUGCGAUUCAUUCUCACAGGGCUUCCCAGGAGACAUCGGCCUACCAGGACAAAAUGGCCCUGAAGGACCCAAGGUUAGUGACAGGACUCAAAGGGAGAGGAAUCACUCAUCCAUAAAAUUUGGUUCCAUUUUUGGUUUCUUUGAAGCUGAUCAAUGUGUCUGCAAAGAGUGCAAAAAAUGCAAGCACUGAAAACUAUCUCAGAUGGGUGAACACUUAACCUUAGGUCAGUGCUUGGGUUGAAGUUUCUUAAAAUUAGUUAAAUUAUGAAGCAGACUUAACCCUGUCUGGAGAAAGCUGUGGCCUGGCUUGCAUGUUUCUACUUAAAGAGACGGAGCUGACCAUCAUCUAUUAAACUCUUACUAGUGGCAUGUAACUUCUACAACCUCACUUCAAAAUUUCUGAAAUAUCCCUUUAAAGAUUAAAUGUUAAGAGAAAUGAGUCAGAGUUCACAUUCAGUUUUUCUCCUGCAGGGUAAGCAGGGGAUCAGAGGUCUGCCAGGUCCAAGUGGAGCACCCGGACUCCAGGUGGGGCUCUCUGUAUUUUGAAAUUGAGUAAAACAAACAAACAAAACAUCUGUUCACCUCUGACCUCACAUUAAAUGUUCUUCAUAGGGUGAUGAGGGACCUAUUGGACCAGCUGGACCUCCUGGACCCGAGGUGAGUGCUGCUGGAUCAGCCUCGUCACUUAAGAGCAGUCAGAAAACACUACACUGUUAUCUUUUCAGAUCCAACCACAAAGCCACAAAUCCUACUACGCAGCACCGCGCCACGAGUGUCUCUGCCUAAAUUACGCCUUGGAGAUGAAACCAUGGCUGCUUCUUUGGCUGCCUAAUGUCUCCAUUGUUCUGAAGCUGUUUUGAAAGACUUCCUAUUGGACACCGAAUUCCCAUAUCACCAGAUUGGUUAGCAAAUUGCCGACCCAAAACGCUCACAAUCAUAUACAAAAGUCUCUAAAUGUGAAACCAAAAUGUCUGGUCGUAACAGAUGAUUGAAAGGAUUGUUUUAAAAAUGUAGAAGAAAAACAAUAUUUGGCCUUCAGGAGGUCAAACGUGCGAUUGAAGUCGACUCAAGUGAGGAUGAAAUAACUCAGAGUUGCUUUUGUGGAUGUUCUGUGCUCGGCAGCUUCUGAACGUCCAGGAUAAGGAAGCUUUGCCGGACAAACUAAUAACUUUAUAAGAGACAAAUGGGAGGACUUUGAAGUAUUCUGUAGCGUAAAUUAAAGUCAACAGUCUCAGUGCAAAGAGAAAGUGUUUGUUUGGAGUCAUCCCGGGCUGAACAACACAAAAAGAACUCCACUGAAAGUCUAUUUUUACAAAGCUUGACUCCAGUCUGCCAUCUCCCAACCGUGCAACCCACAAGUGAUAGCUGCAAACAAACAUAAAUGACCCGAUGACUUGUGAGAGUAAUAAGCAGGCUUUGAUGCUGCACACAGCUCUUUCUUUUAUGGAUCAUUAAGUUUCUUAAAGGGAUGUUUUUUCUUUUGGCAUCACUUGCUGGUUUGUUUUGUGCGCCGGCUCCUCGUGGGACGGCAGACACACUGACUGUACCUUUCACAGGAGUUUGUUGUUUGUUGUGUGGCGCUGCAGUGCACUUCUCCGUGUCAUUCUUGCUUUCUGUUCAGGGCAGGCCUGGGAGGCAAGGAUUCCCUGGACUGACAGGCCCAGAUGGACUCAAGGUCAGGCCUAACAGACACACAUACAACAUGGAAACACUGUCAUCCUGAACUGAACAUUUUAUAACCAGCUCUCUUUUAUGAUAAUGUAUCAUCUGAAUAAGUGUAAAUUAGAUGUUAAUUCUCUCUUACCACAGGGGAGCCUGUCUCCCAGCACAUUUCAGCUGAUCUGAACUUAAAAAAGAAAGGCUUGAACAAGUUUGUGAUAUGCUAAUUGUCUGCUGUUGCUGUAGGGCGAGACCGGGAUAACUGGCGAGGUCGGAAAGCUUGGCGAGAGGGUAAAGACUUUUCUCCCUCUCUUUGCCGUUUGAUGCUCACUAUGUGUCUCCGUGUGUGUCUCCUUUUUCGGAGUCCCAGAAGCUGUGCAGCCUAGUAUGAGAAAGCUAACUUCAAUAGAGCAGAGAGGAAUAAGAGACAGUUAAGACAGCUUGUUUUUUCUCUCCUUCAGGGGAUGCUUGGUUUUGUAGGGCCUGUCGGAGAGGCCGGCAUCGCUGGAGAAAAGGUUAGUAAGGUCUCAAUUUGUCAAACUUUGUAAGUAUCGCAGGUUGUUGUUGAUGUUUCGUGUCUGAAUUUAGGCUGUGUGGUUGCUCUUUGUUGUUGUGAACCAAAAACUGACCUGCAGCAGCUCCUCACAUGCCCGGAUUUUCUCUCCUCUGAGUUAUGUAGUAGACCUUAUGCCUGAUCAGAUGGUAAAACAUUCAAAGGUGAUUAUCAAACCUGCUCGAGAUGUUCCUCUAAUCACAACCUUUUGGUCCACAGGGGGAUCGAGGGAAAACUGGCUUCCCCGGGCCGCCAGGUGAAUUGGGGCCGAUGGUAAGGAGUAAGUCUGGACCUCGUCCAUCAUAACAGGGGGCAUUCAACUCUGCAGAUAUGAGAAAUUGGGGUGUGAUAGACUGAGGAGAAAAUAUAAGCUCUCUUGCUAGUUUUGAUGUGUUUUGAUAGAUUAUGUUGAUAUCAUUUGAGUAAUGUUUUGUCCUUCAGGGUCACACAGGAAUACCAGGAGAACCAGGGCUACCUGGACUGCAAGGAGUCCCAGUGAGUUUACUUUACCAUCGUCUGAGCUUCAUCUGGACUACAUGCAGAUCAGAGACAACACUGACUUGUUGUCUGGAUAGUUAUUGGCUGGAGAGCUCUUCGCUCUGGUUGAAAGUCACAUGAAACAAAGAGAUAUUUAGCCGAGCAGGAAGUGGCUUAUCUUAAGCCUCUGCUGAGAUAAUAUUUGAAUAUCGCUAAUUAAAAAACAACAAAUUGACAUACAAAAUCAUAUUUAAUGAGAAACAUAAACACAGAGAUAUGUUAAACUAAUAUUUGAGAAUAUUAAACCAGUUACAACAACAACUAAACCAAAUGCAGCUGGACUAAAUACAAGGUUUAUGAAUGCCUGUAUAUGAGUGUGUAGGCUACUGUGCAUUGACACCAUGUUACAUCCCCUGCAGGGGUGGUACAAACCAUGUUACCUAGUGUGUCUAACAAGACAGUGAUAGAGUGAAUGUGUCAGAACUCAAAAGACUCAAACAACAUGAACAGAGGAGACUGGAGGACCUAGAGUUGGAAAAUGGGCAAUCUACCAGAUCAUCAGAGAGAGAGAGAGAGAGCGAGAGAGAGGGUAUAGGGUUUUCUCUGUAAUAUCACUGCUAAGAGUUACAAGUGAUUAUAACUGAAACUUUAAUGCAUACAUAACAGGACAAAAUUAGUAUGGUUGUAAAACAGCAAUUAAAGUUUUUCAGGCCUUCUUUUUUAUAUUCUGCAGACAAACAGUUUUUUCCAGGUAUGAAAGAUCCUAAAUCAAACCAAAAAUAACUUCUGCAAGUAAAACCAAUAAAACAACACAAUCAGUCAAGCUGAGGAAAGGCAGGCCAACACCAGCUCCAACACCAGCUUUAUGACUGAAACUUUUGUGGAGGAGACUCUGCCUCAUAAAAUGACUGUUUGUCAUGCUUUUGUUUUGAUAUUUUCUGUGCCCUACAUGUUUCCUGCAUUAUAAAAUUUGGGUUUUAUUUUUAAAUAAAUGCUACUUCCAGUGGAUGAUAAGUUUUAGGACUGGAUGAAAACAGUUCAAAGCAUAGCUAGAAAGUUGAAGUGAAUUUAUAAAAGUUUUAGUCAAAAUCACUUCUUCUUUUAUUCAUGUUCAGGGUCCUCCUGGUUCACGGGGACACGCCGGCGUCAGAGGCCCCAAAGGAAUUAGGGUGAGUAACUGAGAGUCGCCUUAACAUUUGAAAAUCCUGUCACUGCUGGCAGUUAAUAAAUAACAUGACGUGAAAUAUAGGACAAACAAUAUAUUCAUAUGCUGCUUACAAACAUAAAGAAACAUGUAUUGUGCAGUCAUUUUGGACACAGCAGGUCGAGUCUGAUUCUGUACAAGCUGACCUUAGAUCCACCAUGCUGAGCGGGAACACAACACAUCUCCCCUCAUUGAUUUUAUUGUACAUGGUGACGCGUGUGUGCCGCCGUGUCUGACAUGAACUCUGAAUAAUUUGCUUUUUUACAUAAAUGGAGUUUCUACUUUGGGAAAAUAGCCUUUGGUUGCACAGCAGGAUCAUUGUGCUGCAUGAAUAAUUGAUCUAACAUGAAUAAGUGGUAUAAUUAAGGCUUUUAAUUCUGUGGAUUGGUUUUACACGGCUCCCUUGAUAUCACAAGCAGUCACAGAUGUAAUAUUUAAUAACUAUAAUAGCAGAAAAUUACAUCAAGGCUUCAGAAAAUAGAAUUAGGACCAGAGUGAUUAAACAGCAGUCGCCCUAAUAUAACAUCUGGAGUCAGUCCAAGUCAAAGAGGAUGAAAACAAAAGAGUUCAUGCAGCACAUUUAAUUUUUCAAAUAGUAACAGCACCUUCAGAGAAUAAUAGCUUGUUGCUUGUAUUUGCUCCUAAACUCAACAUUAUUACAAAGCACUUAUCAUUCAUUCAUUUAUUCAUACAAGCAUGCAGCCCAAAGUGCUCCAUAAAGGGACGGAGGGAAGGAAAUUAACAACAAUAAUAAUUAAAGGCGAAGGUGAUUUAAAAAGAUUCAAACGAGAAUGAAGUUGAUGGAAAAAUAUUUAGGAAAUUAGAUUCUAAUUUUACUGUGGAGGAUAGGUUGGGACUCUGGAGUUGUUUGUGGUGCAUUGAGGUGAGGUUUUGCAGAGUAUAGAUGCAACCUAUUGAUUUAAUAUGACAAUUUUACAUACAUCUGCCAAGUAGUCUGCGGAUUCUUCUUGUUCAUACGUUUUACACAUUGAUAUAAAAAUUAAUUACUAUUUUUAGAUUUACUACUUUGUCAAACUUUGUAAGUAUUGCAGAUUUUUGUAGAUGUUUAGGGCACUCUUUGUUGUUAUAAACCAAAAAAUUCAAAGUUUUGUAGUAGACCUUAUGCCUGAUCAGAUACAAAGGUGAUGAUCAAAUCUGUUGAAAUGUUCCUCUAAUCACAGCUCUUUAUUUUAAAAGGAAGGUUAUCAUCAAUACACGGAUGCUGCAACAGUCCUACUACAAAAGAUAAGAGAUAAAACAAAGAGUAAAAGCCACAUUUAUGAAGUCUGGUCACCAUCCUGUAACUUUUUGUUAGCUCUGCUGGUUUCUAACUCUACCUCCCAAUAGUUUGAUCUCAUUUCACUCAUUCCUAACCAUUAUUUCUGCCAUUAACUAUAGUUUAAAAAGUCCUCUAUCCCCAUCCAAUCUGACUCCUCUUAAUUUAAGCAACUUUUUUCCAGUUUUAACACCAUCUAUUCUCAGAUGUGUGUUAGUCAUUAACAUAAUUUCAUCUCUGGGGUUUCAUUUCACACGAAAGUAAAAAGCCCCAAAAUUGAUGCACUUAAAAGGAAAGCAAAAGUAAGUGGGUGAGCUCUCAGCUGAUGUGCCAGUUUUAGUUAAAUGGAUGUUAAAAACUGAUUAUGGAGAGAGGGGUGAAGUGAUGGGAAAUGCAUGCACUUCAAAAUAAAAUGCAUCUCAAUAGGUAAUGCGUUAAAAAAUAGCAGAAAAGCUAGAAGAGCUUGAAAAUUUACAAUGCAGUUUCAGCUAUGAUACAUUUUUCCAAGGUUUAAAAUAAGCUACAAUCCCCUCACCCUUUACUUAGUCAUUUUUGUUGAAUGCAUUGACCCUGUUUCAACCACUUUGGUAGCAGUAGCCUUCUUGAAAAACCAGUACAAGACAUAGUGAGUCUUUUAAUAUUUCAUGACAGUGACUAGUUUAGUUCCAUAUUAAUAGGGAGGAUGAAUCAGCGACAGGAUUCGUGACCUUUUCCCAAAGCUUCUUUACAAUGACCCCAGUGUGCAGGCAGCACCGCUGUGUGUGAGUGUGGGGACAAAGUCUACCCAGUACGGAUUGGGCAUCCUUCAGAGCUAAUUCACGGAUGCCAAGUAUUUGCAAAAUAGCCGCAAUCUUUGAUGGUGUCCCUUCGAAGUGGGCCAAGCCACAGUUCACAAUUAAACCCAGAGUGCUGCCUCCCAGGCUCAGCAUAAUAAGGAUGACAAAAAUGGAGAUUGAGUGCCCUAAUUUAUUGACUUAAUAUGUCAAACAUCAUACGCCUGAGGACUGUUCAAGGCCAAGGUUUCCAAAACUGAUCAUCACUGACAAUUUGUAUUUGUUUGAACAGGGUCCAUGGGGUCCUGAUGGCCUGGUGGGGGAGAAAGGCUCCACUGGGGUAAAGGUAAGACAGUGAAGGUUGAUUAACAUUUCAGGAGUGUCUUGUAUCAAGUUUUGUGCUCAGUAUUGAUAAAACUUCCUUUAAAUGCCUCAGAGCAGCGUCUGGCCUUCACUGGCCUAAUUGGGAAUCUGUCUCGUUGAAAUCAAGGAUAAACUAAAUGGACCCAAUUUCUGUGGCAGAGAAAAAAGAAAAUCAAGAGAACUUUUAUAAGCUGCUUUGUUGGGCAGACUGUGAUUAUCAGAUAUUUUUAACUUCUAAAGGAUCUUGGGAGGACAUUCUUUGUUAACUACAAAUCUAACAACAGAACCUUAAAUCAAAGACUCUUUAAAUAUUGAUGGUGCUGGCUAUGCUUGGCAGUCGGGAACAUUUUAACUCUGGGGGAUUUCAGAAUGCUAAGUUAACUGAGUUGGAUGUUUUUCUUUGCAGGGCCCUGAUGGUCCACCAGGAAAAUUGGGCCUCCCUGGGGAGAUGGUAAGGAAAAAUUGGUCUUCUUUAAUUUCCUCUUGUUGCAGAGGCAGAAUUUCAAUAAUUUACCACAAGUGUAAAAGUCCAGCACGAGUGAAAGCCCUACAUUCUGCAGUAUUGUAAACCAAAUGGACUGAACGCAUAUGUAAGAUAUUCUUGUUUUAGAGGUGGGUGUGUUAUAUCGCUAUGUUUUCAGACAUGCACUCCUGAAAGUUUUUAGAUAUAUCCUCACAGUAGAAUUCUUUCCUGUUGGCUGGCUGUGUGAGGGAGGGUCUCAGGAGGCUGAUCGCGAUGAUAUAUAGACGCUGCAGUAGUCUGACUAUAACAUUUUACAAUAUUAUCCUAGUUUGAAACCACUGAUCCUUUAGUUUUACUCUUCCUCGUGUUUCAUUCACUUUAUGUCUUCCUCUGUUUGACUUUUGUUUCUCUUAGCACAUGUAUCUGUGCAUCAAUUCAGUGCUGUACUAUUGUCAGUGAUUGCAAUUAAAUUUUAUUCUUAGAAAAGGUAACAUACCAAGGCAGAUACGUCUGAAUUUACAUCUGUUUUAGCCUCAAUAUUUAUGUGAUGAGUGAUUGAAUCCAUCUACAGCACAACAAAUAAAUGAAAAAUAAUCAAACUGGACAAGAGAAGUGAGUUUUGGGCCACCUUACUGCUUUUGGGGAUUUUUUUAUCCAACCACAGUCCUAACUUCUCCUGUAGAUUUGCUGGGUUCUCACAUGAGCUCCACUUCACACAUGCAAAUCCCCUUGGUAAAUCCUGGGAAUUUUCAGGCACUUUUACUUUCAAUAAGUAGUUUUAAUAAAGAAAAGUGCUCCUCCAUAUAAUAAUGGAUAAUACUGAUGAGAGCUUGACCCAGACUCGUGUAAUGAAGACUGCCACUUGGACUUGACUCAAAUACUGAGAGCUACAGACUUGACUCAGACUUGGGGUUUCUACUUCAACUGUGUCUGCUUCUUAAAGGUUUGGAUUUCAAUUUAGUGUCACUUUUUGAUCAGCUGAUUUCUGAUUGAUGACCAGUUGCUUAACAAAAACGAUGCUAUUAACUGUUAUCUCUAAAAUGUGUCCAUGGUUAAAAAAAAAGUCAUUUCACUUCUGGACCUGAGAGUAUGAAGUUUUUUAAAACAGUAAUAACUCUAGUGGAGUAAAAGUAUCUUGCGUCUCUCUUGAAUAAAGGAGUUGGGAUCAUAAAUUCAGCCACUUUUCCCUUUUUAAGUCAUGUUUAAAGGAGGAGGACCCAAACUUUCACUCCCCCAAGAGGCUCCAGUUCUGUUCCCUUAAAUCUGAUUUGCAGUUUUUCUCUGAUUCAUAUGACUGUAAAUGAAAUAUAUUUGGUUCAAGGUGUGUUAUUUGGAAAUUAGAGAAAGAACAGUUGGCUUGUCCAACUUAUGAUUGUUAUUUUUUACCACUUUCCAACAUUUGAAAAAGAUUACAGAAUCAGACAAAUGAUAAAGAGGAUUUCUUCUUUCCUGGCUCAUUUGAUAAAGGAACUUGAAAACAUCAUUGUAUAACUGUUAAGGGGAGAAAGAGAACUGAACCCUGGCUCCAUCAAUGUGCUUAUUUAACCAUCUUUGUGUUAAACACUUAAUACACAAACAACAUACUAGAAAAUAACUGUUCACUUUUUAAUUUGUGGAUUCAUUUUUUAUCUUUAUCUUUUGUGUGAUUUUGCUGCAGGGAAAACUGGGUGAACCAGGUGAAGCUGGGCCCAAGGGAUUUCCAGUAAGUGAUUGGGGCUAACAGAGGCCUCUUUUAGGUCAGUCUUGAUUCUGUGGGGGAACAGUGUUCAAUAAAAGAGGCUUGUGUUGCACCCUGUUACUAGGGCUGCACGAUUUUGGCCAAAAAUCAAAUACAGAUUUUGUUCUCCGAAAAACUUGAUUUCUAAUUUUGAUUUUGUUUUUUUUUUAAUUCAGUGACAACGUCACCAAACUUCACUUUGAUAAUAAAUUUUUCUACCAUCUCUCAAAACAAAACCACUGAAAAUUAUUCAGUGCAUAUGCCAAGCCAGUAAGUGGCGCUGUAACGUUGUUGAGGAAAUGCACAGAAGACAGAAGAAGAGUACAGAGCAUAUGUAUAAAGGUUAUUUUGGCCGGACACGUGCAGCCGCCAUAAAAGAGUUACGCCGUGUGUCACAUAAUCGUUUCGAGAGAUUUAAAUAGGCAUCAACAUGGAGAUAAAAUGGUAGUCAUUUAUGGAUUUAUGCACUCUCUGACCCAUUUUCAAAAAGAAACGCUGUUUCUGUGUGGAACACCGAUACGACAAAAACCUUUUGCGUUUACUCCUGAAUUUGUUUCCGUGUAGACAGGUUGAUACCGCCUUCAGACAGACUUUGCAGCGGGGAGUGGUUUGCUCUCCAUUUGAAACUGCGAUGCCAUACCAAUUCCACACAACUGACUUGCUCUUGUCCAAACGCCAUGUUUGUUUACACUGGUGUGUGUGGAAACUGGGGAGCACUCCCGCAGAAAGGGGGAGCCUACGAUGGCCUGGAGGCGCAAGACAUGAUAGAGAGGAAAAUCUAUUUGAUGAUUUUUAAUUUUUUUAACAUUGUCAUAAUUAAAUAAUCUGUUUGCGAUUUAAAACCGAUUAAUCGUGCAGCCCUUCCUUUUACUGUAGUGGGCGUUAUGGCAUUUCAGCAUGUGAAUUAAUACUUUUAGUGUUUUUUAAUUGACAGUGUCUUACUACUUUUCAGGGUAUCCAAGGACCCUCUGGACCUCCAGGGGCCAAAGGAAUCACAGGAGAGCCUGUAAGUUUCUGGCUUUGCAUGAACUUGGGAUGCAUGUUUGAUAAUAAAGGCUUUUUCCUGUAUAGUAAUAUCUUCUCUCUCUGUCUUCUCCUCCAUCUGGUUUAAUUCUGUAAAAGUUGGAAAAAUCUUCAAAAGAACAUGGAGUCCAAACCCUCUAGUGCCUCAUUAUCUAAAAUAACCUGUGGCUCUCCAUCACCCACUGGCCACCCUUCCACUUGCCCUUGCAUAUCAACUCUAAAUUUCCACUUUGACACCUUUUAUUCAGCGCCUCCCUGAAACCCCUGUCCCGGUCAAAAAGCCCGCAACAGCCUAAGUCUCUUCCUCUCAUUCUGCCCAAAACUCACAGACACGAGCCAAGAAGAAGUGAGCCCGAGACAAUUUGAUUUACACCACCUCCUUCCUGGAGAGGCAGCUUUAUUGUAGCCUGAAUGUGUCUCUAUAACAGCAGGCCUGUUUCCAUCACUUGCAGAAGCUUUGGCUCAGUGUUUUGAAGGCUCCUAGCCCUGCAGAUUAACUUAUCUCCACAAAUCCAUACUCUCUGCCUGGUUCUUAUUUCUUUUCACUUUUUUUCCCCUCCUUUACUGUCACUUUCAGAAGUGUUUGUCCAAGAUUAGAGAGUGCUCUCACCCCUUUUUAUUGAUGCCUCUGACUCUCCCUGCAGGGACCAGCAGGGCCACUGGGAACGAUUGGGCCACUGGGGGAGAUGGGACCAAUGGUGGGUUUGAUCACACAGCUGGUGUUAGAGCCCCCGCUGACUUUUGUAUUAGCGCUGGACGCUAAAGGCUAUUAUUGUUUUCACAGGGGCCAACGGGGAAGGCUGGAGAAAGAGGACUGCCUGGUGAACUUGGAGCGAAGGUAGAAUGACGAUAGGCUGAGGAGCUCUUCAUUGACUGUGGUGGGACAGGGGUAAAAAUAUAAAAGUGCACCUCCUGUUUGCCAUGGGCCUCCAGCACACAGAUGUUGUUAUUGAUGAAGAGCUGCCUCACCUUGGUGUUCUGUGAUCAGAAGGUACUUGCACAACAGACCAGGUUCUGCCAGUCUAAAGUAAGGGCAGGCCUUUUGGGGGGUUUGAGGGGUCUUGCCUCAGGAAACGUUGGACAUCUGACACUUGAUUUCCUGUAUUCUGGUGAAUAUUUGUGGAGUGGCUGAAUUUAAAAGAUAUAAAAGAAAAACACAGAAAUUCACAUGGUGAUUUUGAAACACAGUAGUCUAAUUCUAAUAUAAAUUAAAUGAUAAAAUAAACCAAAUUAUGCUUCAAUGCUGGAAAGGCAUCCAGAGGGCAUUAUUUUCAGUUGUGUGUAAAUAAAUCAUAGACUGUAUAUAGAAUGAACGCCAUCUGCCUCCUCGCUGGAUGAAGCCACCUCAAGAACAGCACCCUCUGGUGACAGGCUGUAGUAUAGGUCACAGAUCCCGUCUCCUCCAGCAAUCCCUAGGGAGCUGUGGACAAACUUCAGAAAUUUAUUACACAGAAUAUAAAAUUCCCCCCGCUUGCAAUGUUGACAUGUAGUUACUGUAAGACUGGUUUGUGCUCAAGUUCUCUUUUUCUGUGCAGCUCCAUUUUUAAAAGUUAUUAGGGGGUUCAUGUUUUCUAUGAUUGACACCUGAUACGGCCUAUGAGUGUGCGCAGAUUACGUAACUCACCAGGAGGAUACACUGUUUGAGCCGAGCGUCAUCACAGUGACUCUCCCGCCAAAUGUGUACAACGCUACUGUGCAAGUGGUGGUUCCAGGAAGUGGAGAAAAUCCCGGAAAUACAGAGAGCAAUUCAGCUUCAAAUUCAUAUAAUGACGGGAGGUGGAGCCAAGUUUUCCAUAGUACAUACAUUCUAUGAUAUAAAUACUGAUAGGGCAUCCAGAGGGCACUUUUCUCAUGUUUUAUAUACUGGGAGGGCCUACCAAGUGUCCUGUCAUAGAUUUAAUCUACUGGAAGGCACCAGAAGGCACGAAGUCACUUUGAAUCCUUUGUUAGAGCAGCUACUAAAAGAGAUUUACACAUGUUUUCCACAGAGAGAGCUUUUCAUAACAUACUUUUACUGUGCAUCCAAGAAGGCUCUUUGCAGCAUUUCUAUCUAACAUGAGGGCCAUAACAUGUGUGGCACAAUUUCAGCUAGCUAGAACACUGGAGAAGAUACUCCCUAUUUGGUGGUUGUGUCUCCAGUUAGACUGUUUGUAGGAUUAUCCAUUUCUAAUGAAGCUUGGAGUGCAGGGUCAAUAAAUGAAUAAAAUGGAUCAAUAAACCAUCACAUCUGGUCUUUGACAGGGUCCCAUUGGCUCGCCUGGAAACAUCGGAGAGAUGGGUUUAGUUGGCCAGAGAGUGAGUAUAAUGUUUUCUUGAUUUGUCAUAAAAAAAAAAGCUUGCUCUGUUUUAUUUUGGUAACCCCUCCAACAUGCAGUUGCCGGGUAAUAAAUGUGUCAAAAGAUAUAUUCAUGUUUGGCCCUCUGCACAUCUGCUUUUACUCAUGUGUUGUGAUUCCUGUCCUUGUUAAGCUGCAACAAAUGACCUUGUUUGAUUUGUCUGUCAGGGGGAGCCAGGCAUUGAUGGGGAGGCUGGAACAAGUGGACCUGAUGGAGCCAAGGCGAGUUAAAAAGAUAAAGGACACAUUUUGACUCUAACCUUGAUUUAUCCGUCGCUCCAGAGAAGUGAGAUAUUCUUCCAGUGAAUGGUAAAAAGUUGCCUCGAGCCUUUGGCAGGCCAGCAAAUUCAAUAAGUUGAAUAACUUCAGCGUGGAUGAACUCAUUUUUGAAGCUUCAUGUCUGUGAACUUGGUGAACUACCAAGUUUACUGUAGCAUCUUAUUGCAAUUAGAGGAAGUCUAGAAUUGUUUGUCAGACGCUGGCCUUUGUACAGUUGAAGCUGCAUUGUUUUGACAUUUAGUGAAAACAGAUAGCAGGGCUAUUUUAAGAGCUCGUAAGUCUGGCAAGAGCUGUGACAGUCAGACAAAAAAAAAAAAAGAUCCAAAGCACAGGGAGGCUGCCUAUUCAGCAGAGCUGCGCUCCUGGAAGUGUGGCUGACAGACCAACAAACAGCUCCUGGCUCAGCCACGGCAGUAAAACGUGAACACUCAGGAUUAGAAUAGAGUCGACCUGAGCGUGGCAAGCUCGCUCUGUACAGGACGUUUUCUGUUAGUCAGGAGAGUAAACUGUGCUGAGUGCUUCUUGGCUACUGUGCAGCUCCUGGAUGGGGAGGAAAAACGGCAGCUCAACAAGGAUUUUGUUCUGUUAACUGCGAGGAAUUGAAAUUAAAGUGUUGUCAUGCUUCAUCAGGAUUGCCUGGUGAAAUUUAGAGUGGAAAUUCAGCAAAUAAUCAGAGGACUCAAGGAUAAUAUCUUGGCUUCCUCUUACCCGUGGUCUGGAGCAAAUUAAAAACUGGUUCCUUUUUCCGGGGAUUGUAGGAAUGUCGAGUGAGUCUGAACAGAUAACAAAAGCCUGUUGUACUUUUGUGAUGUGAUAUACUGUACUAUUAUUAUAUUUAACCAGGGGGACAAAGAGGAAGAAAAUAUCUCCAAAACAAGGUGCAAAUAAUUACCAGUUGAAAGGUUCACCAUUUACACCAAAAUAAGAGGCGGUUUUUUUUAGGACCUAUUUUGUUGCCACCAGGGGGAGCUCUUAAAGUUGGUUGUCAGUGAUUGUAUGCUCAAACCAGAGACCGUCAAGCUGCUAGAAGAAAAAGUCAGUGUAUUGAAGUUGUUGUGGAGGUACAAGGAUAAGAAAGCAAAUAAUUUGGGAUAAAAGGCAGAUUUUAUUUUCAAGCACUGCAAUGUUUAAUUGGCAGGGCAAAGAGUCACUUCUCACUGACAGGUGUUUCACAGUUUCUGUAAGAAAUCAAAGUCCUCUCUCCUUUGUUUAUGUGCUCUUGAUUUUGCGUCACAAUUUUAACAGCAGCUUUUUAAGUUGGGUUUCUAACUCUUGUCACGAGGCCAAGCAGUGCUUCUCCCUUGAAUAACUCCGGGUCACGUUGACAUGUCGGCUGCUGCUGUCAAGAGUUGGUUUAACAACAGUUUUAUCCAGUAAAAUUGCCACCAAACUGAAGCCCUUAUAAUCAGCUCUGAAAAAGUGGCACCAGUUGAACAGCUCGGCCCACUUUUGGGUGGAAAGUGAAGCUCUGAAUAACAACAUGUCAGGUCACUGUGACAUCUUCUUGUCCAUCUGACAAACAUUUCAAAAUCACAGCCUGUGUGUCUCCUUAUUAAAUACUUUUGUGCUAUUAGGACUAAACUACUUCAACUCUGCUCACAUGCCUCAGUGGCCACUGUCAAGAUGCAUUCAGAGCCACUUUAAAGGGACAUUUUGGUACUUUUGAAGUGAGGCUGUAGGAGCUAUGUGUUAUGAGUUAGUCUAAUAGCCACAUGAAUGCAGCUCAGCUCAGCCUCUUAAAUGAAGGUUGCAGAAGGAACCGGCAGGCAAACUAGGCUACAGUUUUCAAUGCUUUACUAUAUGCAGAUGCAACACACAUAUGUGCUCUUCUGCCCACUGACUGAUCGACUAAUCAGAUACACGUAAAGCACCAAAUGCCUAAAUUUUAUGUUUUUUUUUAGUCCUCCGUCUUCACUUCAGGUCUUCUUUACCUUUUGACGUCCAAGGACUCGUCUUUGGUCUUCACAGGCUUUGCGAUUUACCUCAAGGUGUCAAAAUCCUAGCCAAGGUCUCCUUGACUUGCACACAUCCAGUCCAGUGUGUUGAACUUCAUUGUGUGACCCCCUUUUUAUUGGACAUAUUUUGUCCUCCUCAGGGUGAAAAGGGGGAACCUGGUCCAGAGGGUCCUCAAGGAGACAGGGGGGAAAUUGGUCUGAAAGGAAAGGAAGGACCUCUUGGUCUGCCUGGACUUGUGGGUGUAAGGGUGAGUAUCUUUGCAGUCUACUCCAAAUUUCAUUUAGCUCCCAAGAAAGCAAAGCUCUUUCUGCUCGCUUACAACCCUGUUCGAUUUCCUUUCACAGGGUCAGGAGGGGAAGCCUGGGAAAAUUGGUGAGAGAGGAAAACCUGGAGAAAAGGUUUGUCAGUUCUUUUGCUUGGGGCCAAAAUACACUUUCACUUUAGAAGGUGUGUCAAUUUGCUCUCUUGUACACGGGGUUGAAUAGUACUGUGUGAUGGUGGUAAACAAGCUGUAAGGCCAAUAACUCCCCGAGCAUGACAGCUGAAGAGCUUGUCAAAUACACUUGUCAGAGUUAAAUGUUUGAACUGUCAAAAUGAAACCGACAUGAAGCCUGUUACUCUCUCUGCAUGCCUGCUCAUUUAUGGUCUCUCUCCAGGGAAGCAAGGGUCACCAAGGCAACCUGGGUGAGAGUGGGCCCAUGGGCGAUCAAGGGGACAUGGGGUUUGUCGGGCAGAAAGGUGCGAGAGGAACCAUCGGGCCGGUGGUGAGACAUCCUCAGGUGGUUUUAGAGGUUUGCUCAGUCUUUGGUGGGUGCAGGUGUAAUGUAUCUUUUCCCUCCAGGGUGCUCCUGGGAGAAUGGGCCAACAGGGGGAACCAGGACUAUCAGGUUAUGAGGUGGGUCAUUAUUAAUAAAUGGUGCUGGGAUGAUUUAAAAGAGAAGAGUCUGCAGGGCUGCCAAAGCAUGAGCUAAAUCUUUAAUCUGCCGUCAAUUCAUAAUUCAUAACACAAAGAGUGUAAAGACUCUGAGGUUAUUUUUAAAGACAUUUUUUGUUCAUGUUUGAUUGAAAAGAAAAUCUUUAGUUCUUAAAUUUCAUUGACCUAAGCUCCUUUCACACAUGUACUACACUCCUGAAAACUUUCUGGCUGCCUGUGUGUAAACUAGGGCUGAGUGAUUUGUCAUUUGAACAUUGCAAUAGUGUUGUAUGCAUGCACAGACACCACACCACAGGACAUGUAAUAUCAGUCACAUGACCUCUGACUCUGUCACUACUCCCUACUACUGGGACAAUAAUAAUAAUAAGAAGAAUGUACUUUUCAAUUUCUUGAAAUAAGACAUUUACUUAUUUUGAGAAACGUAAUUUUUGGCGUUUAAUAUCUUUAUAAAAACAUUUUUCUGGAGUUAUCUGGUGAAUAUGACUUAAGUCAGGCCUAAUUUUUUUUUUUUUCAGAAAUAAGACAAAAACACCAAGAUUUGAGUUUUUUUGCAGUGCAAGUCUUGAAAAUCAGGAUUUGAUCUGGACUGUCGCACGAGUCCCCGAUUUCUGGUGGUUGAAGAGACAGCAUUUAUGAUGUGAACACUGUUGUUUGUGAAGCUGACACCUUUAUAAAUGUUGCAGUGAUGUAAACACAGCAAAAUAUUUUCAGGCAUGAGGGCACCAUAAGGGCAAUCCCAGCCCCCUCAGUCCACAGUCCUCAGGGCACAGUGGUGCCCUACCAAACUAUGCUCGAAGCCUGAAACCAAGUGAAAUAUUUAGAGCUGUGGGAGGAAGUCUGACACAAUGAUCUUCAGCUUUGAGGUCCAUGUUUGAAGAGCAGGUUCCUGAAAAUCUCUAGAGUCUAAAUGAUCUGGUUUAACAAAGUAAGAAACAAAAAGAUAGAGAGGAAUUAAGUGUGAAAGAGGCUUGACUAGAUUCUGAAUAGUACUCAGAUAAAUAGUCAAAAACAAUCAGGUAAGCACACAAACAGGUCAGUUACCUGUUCAGAACUUCAAGGCUGUGUAAAUCAGCGGGGGGUCUGAUGUAUGUUUAGCCUAAUUUUUCCUCACAAUUAUAUCAGAAUUUCUGUCGAAACAUGCUAAUAAGGGAAAUAACUCUGAUUGAUUUUAUUUGUGCCAAACAGACCUCAUUGAAAAUCAAUAUUGACUCCUGUGUAAAAUCAGCUUGUAUUGUAUCCGUCACAAACAGGUGAUUUGCACUUCCUCAUCUUUCCACAAAAGGGUGGGUCUGUCCUGACAGCUAGUUCCAGUUAGCUCCAACGUCAAGUCUCACUGAUUUGUUUAAAGCCAAUGACUGCGCUCUCAGGAGCUGUACUGUACGUUGUUUGAAAUCAUGGUGACAUUUUGGCUGAAUUCCAGUUAAAGGUAGAAGCGGGCUUAUAGAAUCAUGCUGUGUUAAAAGUGACCACUAGAGGGCAGACUGGAGACAGCAAAAUUACUUCAUUAAAAAGGGAACAAGUAUUGCAACGCAGGGAGAUAUGUUGUUUCACAUGUAUCUAAUUGCCUGACUUUAUUGAUGAAGACAACACUCAACAGAUUAAAUAAUUAUAGUUGUUAAACUUUCAUUGCACUAGAUUCUGCAUCCAAACAUCGUAUUUUCUGCUGUAAAAAAAUAAAACUGUUUACCUCAGUUGAUGCACAUGCACACUUCCGAUUCAGGAUGAUGGUGAGAAAUUGAUCAUAAGAUGACAGCAGAAUCAAUUUCCUCCCACAUGUUUGUAAACUUGAAUGAUGAAUCACAAACUGCACUACAAAGAGAUGAUUGAGGACGCUGCUGUAUUUUCAAGUUAAGCUAAUUUAUCCUUCUGCAUCUCUGCUGUGAUUGCUCUUCUGCCUCCAAGCUGUGAACACUGUAGAUCACUCAGUCAGUUACAAAGAAAGCAGGCAGGUUGUAGUCUUAGAUUGAAACUUUCUGUCUUGUCACAGGGUCACAUGGGGCCGCAAGGACCUCUGGGACCACCUGGGCCAAAAGGUGAAAAGGUACUUUGACACUGUAAUCUUGUUCUGCCUCUGUGUCUAAUGAGCUCAUCUGACAUGUACCUCACUAACAGUCCCAAAGCUUAUUGUCACUGAGGGCACAGCCGCUCUUUUGGAGGCACUAGAAUUUAAGUUGUGUUCCUAAUUAGUGUUUUCUUUUUCUGUCUUAUUGUCCUCACAAUAUCCUUCAAGUCAUCCCUUAAUUUCUGUAUUGAUUUGAACUCAGACAUGUCCAAUUAACUUGGUGCUGUUAAAUGUAUAUAAUUAGCCAAACACCUGGACUCUUCUGCUCCUGAUUUUGAGGAUAUUAGCACUAUAAUUUGUGUUUAUCUGACAGGAGCUGCACACAAUGGAGCUCAUGCACCAGAGUUUAGAGAGAUGCUAAUUUGCACGUUUUAGUCCCUGGGUAGAAGCCAUCUGGAUGUGGAUAUUUUCUGUUUUCUCUUUGCCAGUUAACGACAGAAAAAUGCUGCGUUUGCUCUCUAAUUAAAUCAGCAUUAUGCUAUCACACGGUUGGCUGCAAAAUGUAUUAUUGUCAAUUGAGAGAGUCAGGUAACUCUGGCACUGGACCACGCUGCAGAUGAAAAGCGCUCUGUUGUUUUAAAAGCCCUGAUGCUGCAAUAUCCAUGUAGGUUUCCGCUUGUUUGGCCUCUGACCGUGGUUAAUCACACUCCGGCUUUUAAAGGCCUGUCAGGCGCCUGGUUUUAUAAUUUCAUUUGACACGUGCUCAGCACAUGACUAUUAAAAUUAUACACACAUCCGUGGUUAUUGUUUAAUGAAUGCCAUCAAGACCCUGAAACAGACACUGGCUCUAUUUAUGUGAAAUGGGAUCAUUGCGGUUAAUAGCGCAUGUAACGAUUUGCAGUUUGUAUGGAGGGUGCAGGAAAUGUGUUUCCAUUGUUGUCCUCUUGAAAACAAAGCAUGCAUUGAUUUAGCACAGACUUUGGGGUUUUAGGGAAAUAUCAUUGAUUACUAUUGUUUGUCUCCUUCUGUGUUUCUUCUCCAGGGUGAGCAGGGCGACGACAGCAAGACAGAAGGUCCUGCAGGCCCCCAAGGUGACAGAGUGAGUUUUUUACAUGUACCUGUUUGACUGUUGUUCAUUUGCGGUCAUCUGAAGCGUUGAAUUAAACUACUCUUACUCAAACUCAGGGUCCUCUUGGUGACAGAGGAGAGAGAGGAGACCCUGGAGAGCCAGGAUACAUUGUGAGUUCAAUGAAAAACAGAUUUAUUGUUUGCUUUAGAGCUCUGGGUACAUUUGAAGAACUCAAAAUCAUGUCCUCCAGGGUCAAAUUGGAGUCGACGGGAUGAGAGGGGAUGCUGGUGCAACAGGGCUUCCUGUAAGUAUCUCAUUUAUGUCUCUGAAAAAGUCAAAUGAAGAUACUGUGACACUGUAGAAAAGUCAAAUCUGUGUAAUUCAAAUCAAACAGUGAUGAUUGUUUUAGGGACAUCCAGGACUAAAGGGACAACCGGGACUGAGAGGCUCCAAAGGUGAUCAAGUAAGUACACAAAUAAACAUGAUGUGAAGUCUUUUGAUGUGAGAAAACUCGACAUGCUCCAGCUGUAACCAUGUCAGAAAUGUGAAACGUGUAUGUUGUCUGCUGCAGUGUCAGAAAGGAAAAUCAGGGGCAAGAGGAGCAUCGGGGACUAAAGGACCACCAGUGAGUUUGAGGCAUUUUAACCACAGAGUGAAAAUUCUGAGUGUAGUUCUGUCAUUAAAAAACGAAGUGUGGCUGUCUUUUUUAAGGGUCCAGAGGGUCCUCCUGGCCCUCGGGGAGUUGUAGGCAGAGAGGGACUUGAGGGCCCACCUGGUUUGGAUGGACUGCAUGGUACAGAUGGAAGUAAAGGAGUUACGGUGAGGACUUGUGCUUUCCUUUUCAUUUGUAGAAGAAAGAGCGGACUAGCUCUCAUUUUCUUUACGGCUUAUGUGUUCAGGGGGAGCAAGGAGACGAUGGAGAGGUGGGGCCUCCUGGCAAACCUGGGCUGCAGGGUACGCCUGGUGUGAUAGGACUACCUGGAAGUCAAGGCUCUUUUGGACCAAAGGUGAAGAGGAUGCAUCAACAACCUUGAAGUUUUUUGUCUUAAUGAGCAAGAACCCUGAUGGGAGAGCUUUUUCAUUCAUUACAGAGCAGCCAGUUUUACUGAUACUCAGCGUUGGCACUUCUCAUUGGUGCCAUAAUACUGCUUUCAUAUUUGGUGUCUCAGAGGCCAAAUUCUGCAGGAGGCUGUAAAAACACUUCACUAAAAACCUCUUAUUAGCAGAAUCAUUUCUGGUAGUUAGUCCUGCAAAUAUUGAUGUCCUGGCUUCGGCCCGAUUUGUAUGGUUUGCCAGUACCACAUGAAAUUUGCAGAGCUGUGACUUUGAGAAGUGUUGUGGGGCAUCAUCAGUGGACCUCUUCUAACCUAUCACACUCAUUUCUGUACAUCUAUAGAGUAGUUGUCAAGAGCCUGCUGUAAAAUGCUGGUUUAGGUUUUAGCUAAGGUUUUCCGUCAUGGUCUAUAACCCCAUUUCAUUCAGCAGAGCUACCAGUAAGGGGUGAUGUGCUCCUCUCUGCACUUAUGUUUUAUACUGGCAGCCUUGGUGCCUGUUCAGAGUUGUUAAGUGGGGUAUGUGGAAGAGAUGUACAUGUAUUUAUGUGUUUGUUCAUUUCCUUCAGGGUGAGAGGGGCCUCCCAGGUCAGACUGGUUCAUCGGGAAAAAGAGGCUCUGUUGGUGGGAUGGGACUACCAGGAAAACAAGGAGACCCUGGACCCAAGGGGCAACCAGUGAGGCAGAUAUUUUCACACAGUUUGAUUGAAAUUCUUUCAGAUGACAACCUCUGAUCAAGAUGUCCAUGCUGUCUGUUCUCUGUUUUAGGGAGACACUGGUGAACAAGGAUUUCCAGGGGUGUGGGGCAUGUUUGGACCAAAGGUAUGUGCUGAAUUGAAGCUCCAUUCAUAAACAAAACAAUAAUCUUGUCAAUAAAACCAGUCAAUAAGACUGGUCCAGUUUUCUAGUCUGAAUAAAGUUCUUAACUCAUGGGUUGCACUCACACUACAAAGUACAACCAUAGCCUCUCCCUCUGUUCCCUGCUGACCUGUACUUCCUCUUCACUGGCUUUUUUGGCAGAGUCUAAGGUAGAUUUUUUUUCUGCUGGUCAUCGAUAAUAUCUCAGAAUUCAUUAGAACACUCAGUCAUUAAAAUCAAACCAGUAAAUAGAGCUUUGGAGUUUCUUUUUAUUGUACUGUAUCAUGUCUUUUUUCGUUAAAGUGCUUGUGUCAAUCCGUCAAAUAUCCUGAGGUAUGGAGAAAAGGCAUUCGUUUUUAGUGUUGUUUUGACGUUGGUGAUCAUGUCUUCCUUGUGAUUCAAUCUCAGACUUGAUUGGUAAUUCCCUGCCUCUGCCAGCACAAGAGUCACCUUUUUUUACCGUCUUUCCUUUUUAAGUUUUUUUUUUUAAGCCAGGGAAUUUAUUUUUUAGCUGCUGUUGUCGGGCAAACUUACCCAACAACAUUCAGGUCCGACUGUUUUCUCCUCACCUCUAUGUGGAUGUGAAAUCUGGAUCUUCACAGCCCUAUGCUUGUGCACAUGCAUGACUAAUCAUACUGGACUUCUUGGGUAAACGUGCCUGAGUAUGGGACAGAUUGCCUAGUGUAAGUGCACCUUUAGAGGACUAGCGUAAACUAGCAGGUGAAUUGAUGUCUUUCUGCAAAACUAAAGGUCUUCUCUCGCACAGGUCACUGGUUUGUCCUUUUUGCAGAACUGGAGAAACACAACAGAAUCUAUUCUGUGCUUGUUCUGAGGAUACAAACCAUAAUUCCUGUUUACAUAUGAUGAUACACUCACAAAAUUCAUAUAUAAUUCUAUUAUUGACUCUCUGACAGCGGAUGUCCCUAAAUCCUGCACACCGGCCCUUAAAGACAUACUAAUAAUGUGGCUCUGAGACAGUAAAACGACCCAAAAAGUUAUUUCUGGGUUUAACUAUCUUUCUUAUGGAAGUACUUGGUGCAGUUAAGAGUCUGAAACAGCUCGGAGGUCCAUUAUAUUGUAUUGUGUUCAGUAAAAAUGGAUAUGAAAAGUUGAAGUUAUUACUGUAACAUGCCUCAGGAUGACAUCUGCUGCAGCAUAAGUCUGUUUAACUUCCAGUCCUGCUUCACUAUUGAUCAUUACCAGCUGAAGGAACACAACAGACUCCAACAGAGUCGAACUCUUUAGUUUGAAAGAAGGUGCAAUGUCUAGUGUCUCACUGCUGUGGGAGUGAAAACAGAUGAUCUUAGUGAUUUUAUUCAGUGGGGUUUAAUUAUUCUAAAUCAUUAACAGGUUAUUAGACUAAUUUGAGAAGAAUUACUGAUAAAAUGGCAGAAUGAAAAAGCAGAGAUCUUAACAGGAUUGGUAUCAGCAAAUAUCACUGAUAUCAGUACAUUGACGUUGUAUCAUUCAGUAAUGUCAAUAGUUGAUGUUUAUGUGUUUACUGCAGCAUCUUCUCUUUAUCUUCAUCACGUCGAUGGGAAUCUGGAAAGCUGUUACAUUUUACUGCCAAUUUAGAGCCGUUUUUAUUGGGCAGAAGAAACCCUCUGCUGCACUAACUGAUUUAUAUUCAUGAUCAAACAGGAGAGAAAAUGUGGGCAGUGUGGGAAUAUUACCCAGCCUGUGAGAAAAAUCAAAGAGAGGACCUGUAACUGUUUAAAUACAUCAAUUCUCUUAACUUAUUUAACAAUCAGACCUAGUUUAUACUCUUCAUUUCUUAUGAUCUGAGGAGUUCCCCCUGGCUCUGUUCUGGACCGAUGUAUGUUUGAAAGAAUGGCUUUGAAGGUUUCUAUGCCCCCAAAAAACAGCCAAUCAGUGUGAAACAUCAUCAAGCUAAACUAUAGCUGGUCAUAUUGUGUGUUGCCACAACAGGUGUAAAGGUCCUUACCAGUGGCGGCUGCUGGUCUUUCAAGGAGGGGAAGCUCAUUUUUCUGGCCUACAUCAUAAUUGUAUUUGUUUAUUAGUAUGUAACAGAACAGAGUCGCCAAACACAACGGCAGUCGUUUUUAACAAAGACAAAAGUCGCUGAGGAUCGGUAAAGUCUCUGGAGCAGUUAAGAACAACGGAAUGAAUAACUUGGAAAAUGCUCUGGUAGAUGUUUUAUUCUUCAAGAUCGCUGAUUCGCUUGUUUAGCUGUCAAUCAAAAAAGGAUUUCGCCUCAGACAGCUCAUCCAAUCAUGAAUGCAGAAGCUUGGAGUCCGGGAGAAAGUCGGGACCGCCCUCUCGCCAUAGAACUCCAGUGAAGCUGGGCUUCCAUUGGGCGGGACAAAGCCCAGCAUUUAUCCAAUGAGCGUCUAGUUUCGCUGCUGGAACAACCCACUCUGAGCUUCCACAUUGAAGUCAGCAGAAGCUGGGCGUCCGACUGUUUGAAGCACUGAGGCGCUGCGAGGAUGAAUGAGAACGAAGUUAUGCCGGUUACCUGUAAUUAUCAGCUUCUUAUCACAGUGUCUGAACAAAAGAUGAAGGCUUUCUAGCGUGUAUUUAGUUAAUGAAAUGUACACACAGCAGUACGUAUUUCACCACUUUUUCUUUUUUUGGGGGGGUGACAUUUUAAGGGAAGCCGAGCUUCCCUUGCAGUCUUAGAGCAAUCGCCACUGGUCCUUACACACCGGCGAAUUUGCGGAGCGAAGCAAAAAAGCAAGACGAAAAUGCGGAUAUUCGCCGGUCCGAAAAAUCGCUUUCGCCUAUACACACUGGGCGUGAAGUGAAUAUGCGUAUAAAUUUUGCAAAGCGAAUUAAUAAAUAUAUAUUGUCUUUGGCGCGAGUUCUUUCGUACGACAGAGGAGAGGAGAACAAAGAAAUGGAGUUAACAACAUCCUCAAGCGAUGAUGAGCUUGUUGUGAUGCUUUUGGCAAAAAAAAAGAAGACAGAAGAAUAAACAAAGGAGUGUUUGGGUACAUCCCAUAUUGACUUUGAGGAAGGAGAUGGGCGAGUUCCACACCACCAUCCAGUGGUCCUGUAUCGCAAUUACCAGCCUCUCUCCCAUCGUUGCUCUUGGUGCCAGUGGUGGUGUGUGUCGUGUGAACUGCAGCUGCAUGGGUCUGUGACGUCAUCAACAACAUGACUUUUGAUUGGCCAGAGGUUUAGCAGGUCCAGAUAUUCACCUGCGAAUAUCCGAAAAAUUCGACACGAGUGAAAAAAUAAAAGAUGCUUUUCGCCCCCCAGAAAAAUCGCCGCCGGUGUGGAAGCUUGCAUUGACUUUAUGCUGUUUUAAAAAAAGGCGAAUAAUACGCCUGGCGAAUUCGCGCCUGGUGUGUAAGGACCUUAAGACCCUGAGCUGAUCUGACUACCCAAGCAAAAGUCUGCUUUCAUUUUCCAGAAAGAAAAGAUUGUUUUCCUGUCUUGAGAGAGCAGAGUGAGAUUUUUAUUAAAAUAAAGACACUACUUAAACAUCUGAAGGAAAAAAAAGCACACAGUUUGUCCACAAACCAACUCAGAGUUCCCUACAGGAGCUUUAAUACCAAAAGAAGUCACCAUAAGCUUCCACGACUUCAUAGUGGUUUAAUCUUGAAGUGCACUCUACCUUAUCCAAUCUCAUUGCUAAUAAAUUGUUUCUGUCUCUCUAGGGCCCCCUGGGAGACAUUGGCCCUGCAGGGAUACAGGGACCCAGAGGACCUCGUGGUUUGAGGGUAGGAUUAAGAUUGAUAGCAGUUUGACAACUUAGUGCAGCGCUGCGGCUAAUGGAAGUGCACUGAACUCUCACAAAGUGAACACUUCGCAUGAAAAAUAAGCAGCCCUCCAUCAGAUACUCCAUCGUAUGUGUCCUCAGUCACUAACAUACCUCCACUUCCCAGGGAAUGGAGGGAGCUCCGGGCCCCUUCGGCAUCAUCGGCCCCAGCGGUCACUCAGUAUGUACCUCAUAUCUCAUCCUAUCUGCUGAGUUUUAUGUGACUCUUCAGUGCUUUCUGGCAGUGAUGGAGUGAUCCUUUGUCUCCUUUCUCUCCAUCAGGGACCCCAGGGUGACAAAGGAAGUCGAGGGGAGAUGGUGCGUGGCACUGUUUUUGAUGAAUCCUUCUCUGUCUGUACUGUGAGCACAGAAUAGGAUACUUAGUAUGGAGACAGCACACCACUCAGCCUCCUUUGCCCUCAGCGCUUUUCAUUUCCUAUUGUGCUCCGCUGUUUGUUGUUACACUCACAGUGACACUUCGCUACUGUGGAAUUCCUGUCAGGGUGAUAAAUGCUGGCUGUAUGCUCAUCUCGAGCGUUUUAAGGGGUUUGCUGAGCCUUCGUACGCAGGCAUAACUCACAGUUCUGUCGCAAAACAUUCAUGUAUAGGUGUGUGGUAUAGAAAUAGGACUGGCUGUGAAGGUGUGAAAGCUUAAAAAGGAAGCAGGAGGACACAUGCAGUGGAUAAAGCAUGCCUAUUGAAUUGUCACACAAAGGUGGUGUUGCUGAGCUCUAAUGGAAUAAUAUCUUGUCUGUUCGUGAAUGCAUGCUUUCGUUGUUGGAUUGUCCACUUAUGAAUAUUGAUUUCUUUUCCUUUUGUCUCCAAUAGGGGUUGCAAGGACCCAGAGUAAGUAAUUACUCACUUCUGUAGCUUAAUCAUUAUUCUUUGUGCAAGCCUGUGGUCUGCUCAGUACUGGAAGGGAUGAAUUAACUACUUUAUCAUCUUCAAAAAAGGCCAAGCUUUAAAUAAUGUGAAGCCUAAUGUGGCUCUGAAUUUUUCCAGGGCUCUCCAGGCCCUCGUGGACCACCUGGACCACCAGUAAGUGCUUCAUUCUUUAUAUCAAACAUAUGAAAAAUUGACAAAUUGUCUUUUGAAAUGUAUCCUACUGCAGAUGGUGCCUUCACAGUCAAAAAAAAAAACCUGUAAGAGUAACCCUUGGUUAAAAAAAGGUUUCCAUGCACUUCACAAAAAGUGUUAUGAUUUGGACACACUCUGUCUCUUUGUGUAGAUUAAAACGCACUAAUGCAAAAAGCAACACAACAAAGGUGGAAAUCAGUGUACCCAGUUAUGAGCUUUAACUGAUCCAGAAACCUCUGUUUCUUUAAAAAUGAACUUAAUAUCUCUUUAAAAGGUUUGUCCAGGGGCGUGUCCCAAGGGGUAGCUAAGGGGCCCCUAUCCACAUUCACAAUCAUAUUCAUCCAAGUGUGUUUGCACAUCUUUAAUUCCAACCUUAAAUACGUCAUUCCUCCAGUUGGAAUGAGUUACAAAGUCAGGACAUGCCACUACCCACUUAGUUUAGAAGAAAAAACAGACAAAACUGGCGACUACAGAGUUAAUCCUGCAAAAUUAGUCUGAAGCAGUAACUUCCUGUUGCCAGCAGGUGGUGCUGUGAUUUAAAAAAAAAAGUUUCUUAAGGUUUUUUAAAUCUUGCCCCUGAGUCACAUCAAAAAUAACUGCCUGUUGAGGCUUGAAAAUCAUUCAAAGAACUAAUUAGAUUUUAUCUCCAUCUCAGCUAAACCGCCAGCAUACAGUGUGUGUUACUAAGAGAAUGAUCCAACUUGUAAUGAACGGGCUUGUUUUCCACCCUGAUCUGAUUCAAUAAGCUGUUAGCCAGGGGCUCUUCUUCUCUACAUUUGACAUGCCUCAUUUCCUGUGCGUUUACGCCUCAUUUCCUGUGCAUUCAUUAUUGUUUCUGUGCAUAUCUGCAUAUUGAGUGACUAUGGGAGGAACCCACCUCCAAACAGGGUGAUUAGGAUUUACAGAGCUCUUCCUGAACACAAACACUGGGUGGUUGCAGCUGUAAAUGUGCAGAUAAGAAAAAUUAAGAGUCAGUGUACAAACAGUGCUCUGAAUCACAGGUGGGUUUCUUUUUUCAGGGUCUGGCCAGCACACUGUCACUUGUAAGUAUGUUUCUCUUUAUUAUUGAUCAGUUAUAGUUUAGAAAAAUGAAAAAUACCAAAGUAAAGAAUAAAAAUAAUAAUGGCUGUUUUUAAUUGCGAUUCUUUCCUUUUCUGUAGCAAAAUGAGGCUCUUGGUGUCGCCUUUCAAGUCAUCAUUGACUCCCAUGCAGCGCUGAGACCAGGGGUUAGUCAGUGUCUGUGGUUUGGAUUCUAAAAGAGCCAAAACUACCUAGAGAACUGUCUCAAGUUUGUCGAAUAGUUUGAUAUAUUUUAAGAAAAAUAAUCCUCGUUGUGCGGAUUCCUCAUGUGUUGUGGUUGUGUCUGUCCAAACCAGAACCAUCAGAAUAUGGACCUUCCUAUGUUGGAUCAAGGCACAGAGAUCUUCAAGACUUUACAGCAUCUCAGCACUUUGAUCCAGAGUCUAAAGAACCCGUUGGGGACCCGAGACAACCCUGCACGAAUCUGCCGAGACCUCUACAACUGUGAACAGAGGUUACAUGAUGGUGAGAGAAAAAUCUAAGUGCUUCGUGAUGUUUGAAGGGCGGCAGUAAUCAACUAUUUUAGUAACCAGAUUUCCCCGCUAGAGAUCAAUAAAGUAUUAUCUUAAUCAAGUAACUUAUUGAUCAUUCAGGGGAUAAUCUAAUGCCAAAUAAUGCAUGCCAGCAUACAGUGCCUCAGUUUUUGGCAUCAAAUGUAUUUUGUCUUUACUGCUGUAACAACGCCAUUUUUCAUUUUGUAGGAUCUUUUCUUUUCUAACUACUACACCUUAAAAAACAUUUACUUGAUUUAAAUUGUUAUACUAAAAAUGAUACAAAGGAAAAUUAACUCUCUACGACACUUGAAUAAUUGUUUUUAAAGUACAUAGUGAAGCUUUAGAGAGGGUAAAAGAUAGUAACCUGGUGCACACAUUGGCCACCCUUAUGUCAGUGCCACCCCAGUCAAAAAGUCUAGAUGCGGCCCUGCAGUGCAGCACAGUGCAACACUGGGAUCUCAGUGAUAACAGGCUGUCGAAUUUGCUUAACAAAAGUGACAAGAGAACACUUAAUACAAGAGGAGCUGUAGCUGAGCUUGAAUUUCUGUCCCACAAAGGCAGUGAAAAGGUGGCUCUUGUACUGGCAAGAGGAGGACUGUCUGUCGGCCCAGCUGAAUUAUCCCCACAAGGACAGCACUGCUCUGCAUUUCAGUCUCUCACAGGUUGAGCAGAAUAAACUCCAGACACAUUUGUACCACAGGAUUUUUAAUUGUGCUGGUUUUAGGUGGAAAUAAAUGUUGAGACAACAACAUCAAAGCAUAUGUGCUUUAUCCAUCAUCUAGAGCAUAUUAUAAAUUUACCACAUAAACAUAUAAGAACAAAUCAAACAGACAGUAAACAGAACAGACAGCUAAAUAAGCUGUGUGUGUGUAAACCCUGGUAUCCUGAAUAAUAUCUACAGGACUCUCCUCCGUUCUCAGUCACAGUUCAGUACUUGAUAGUGCAUGAUCAUGCUGAUUAGAUGAAUUCAUUUAAAGAUGUAGCAUGAUUGAAAUAGUGAGGUUAAGUGUUUUAUUGCUGAUAAAUGUUGGUUAGAGAUGGAGGACUAUCCAGAGCUUUUGUCAGGUUGUUAUUCUUACAGGAAUUUUGUGCCCAUGAAUAUACAAACAAUUUGCCUCGAGGCUUUUAACUCAAUUUAUUCAAGGACUGUUUUUAGCUGUAGAUGUUUUUGCAGUUAGCCUUGUUCUUGUAAUUUGAGAGCUUUUUUCUUCUUGUCAGGUACUUACUGGAUCGACCCGAACCUCGGCUGUGCUGCUGACACCAUCGAGGUGACGUGUAACUUCACUGGUGGAGGGCAGACAUGCCUGAAACCCAUCACAGUAUCCAAGGUACGUAGACAAGACCACCUCAGGAGCUUGUUAUGCUUGUGCGUGUCAGAUCUCCUCAUGUUGUCUGAAGACCAAAGAAUGAAUCAAAACGCUUUGGUGUAAUCCUGUUGAUUUAAUUAAUAAGGACUCAAAUCUGGACCUUUCCUCGAUUUACUCUAAUCUGGAGCUUUUUUGAUGAAUAGAUUUUGUUAUUAAUUCUGAGAUGUCCCAUUUCUUUCAGUUAGGGAAGUCACAUUUAAGAGCUCUCUCUGGAAACUCUUUAAACACUACAUAAAAUAAGGACUGUCUUUUCUGGAGGGACAAUGUGGGAUGCAGAUGGAGAUAAUGACUAACAAAUGAGAGUCUGUUAUCAGCUCCUGUAAUCAAUUAUCAGGUUUAAGAGUUUGUUUUCGCCAACAUCUGAGUUUCAUUUCUCUGUGAUCAAGUUUCAAUUGUUCUCAAAGAUUUGCAACACACGCCAACACCGGCCGUGUGAGGCAGGUGAAAUAAAAGGUGACAUCUCAACCCACCCAGCAGAUCUCUGCAAGGUCACAUCAGAGAUCAGAUGAGCACUGAUCAUUAAAAUGAACUGAAAAUAAUGAUAAACAAAUAAUAUAUAAUGACAUGAAUAAAUGAAAUGACAAACAAGGCAAACACAAGCGAGCAAACGUCUUUCAUCAGAGUGGACUGAGAUAAGUUAAUAUUCAUGCCAGUUCUGACCAAGCUGAGUCAUUAUUUAGUCCUUUAUGUGACCUACAUUUCUGCAACUACCUGUUUACCCUCCAUCACCCUGCCGAUAAUCCAUCUACUGACCUUAAAUGUCAAAAUAAUCACCCUGAAUGAUUUCAAGAGGAUUUCAUUGGUUAAAGUUUAAAAUCUGUACAGAUUAAGAAAUAAGGUGUUUUAGGAUCAAACAGGUCUUAGGACUUUUUGAAGAGGAACUUUAAUCUAAGGAGUUUCUCAUCAAGGCAACAUAACUCACCCAUCUAAAAAGGUUCCAGGAGCUAAAACAGUUUCUACUUUGGAUCUUUGGCUGGAAUAUCAGAGUUGACUUUUCUCCUCCUUCUCCUCUAAGUACAAAUGCACGUGUUCUGAAUGUUGGUGAAGGAUCUGUCAUUGAAGCUGUUUUUGUUGUUAUCCUGAUCCUUUAAAAAAACAUCUCUCACUCUACAGUUGGAGAUAGGAGUGGGCCGUAUCCAGAUGAACUUCAUCCACCUCUUGAGCACAGAAGCCGUGCAGCACAUCACAAUUCACUGCCUCAACACCCCUGUGUGGGCAGCAGGACCUUCCCUGCAACUUUCACCAACAGCUGUGGGCUUCAAGGCCUGGAGUGGGGAGAAGAUUCAGGCCGGGGACCUCCUGGAGCCGCUUAUACCCAGGGACGACUGCUGGGUAUGUACUGUCACUGCUCUGGCAUGGAUUUAAAAGAGCACUCAGAUUUUGGAGACUUUUGGCUUUCCUUGUGUAAAUAUUUCAGCUGAGUUGCAGGAGAUUUGUUUGAAGGUAAUCUUUAAAAGUAACAAGCUGUUGCUUUGCAGGAUGUUCAUGCUCUUUGGUAUGGAGACAUUAAGGAGUCUUUCUUCUAAUUCUCCCAAACCUCUGAAUCUUUAAUAUGUCUAUUUGUGGACUGAUUACAAAAGUGUAAAUAAACUUCAAAUAGCUGCUGUUUUUUGUUUCUCCUCCAAUCCAGCUCUAACUCCAAACUUCAGCCCACAACGUUUACAACGUUUGUCCUUGCUUACCUCUUGUGGGAUCUGGCCAUGAAGAUCCUUUCGGUUUGAUUUCACCAGUUUAAAAAAAAGACAUCUGUUAGUGAUCUCUAUCUGCCCACAACCCAAUACACUGUCAGUUAAUGCAACCUAGUUUGACAUGCACAUGGCAGCAUCCCUGCUCUUUUGACUAAUCCACAGACUUCACUGUCCACAUUUCUUGGCAGAAAGUUGCUCCAAAAAACUGCGAAGACGGAGAAAAAGUCUGGAUUAUUCAGAGAACUGGGGCUUUGUUUUAAAAAGAGUCUGUGCACUUUCUUAGAGAACAUUGAGUCUCCUGAAUCAUCUCAUGUCCCACUUUCACUUUCAGAUCAAAGAUGGUCGCUGGCACAAGACCCACUUCAUCUUCCAGACCCAGGAUCCAAACUUACUCCCCAUCGUGGACGUAUACAACCUCCCGACCACAGAACCCGGGGCCAGCUUUCACCUGGAGGUCGGACCUGUGUGCUUCUUAUAG